GGGCUGGCUGGAGGCGUGCAGGCGACUCGGUUUUCUGGGGUGGGUGAGCACCGACCUCUCCAAGAAAACCGAUAAAACAGGGUCUGUUGGUGGGGCUGACCUCCCACCCCGUACCUCUCCAAAGGCGGUUAGGGGGUGGCGCCGGCUAAUAUUUCAAGGAAAGAGGCUGUAGGUUGCAGCAGAGGCGGACCUCGCCUUGAGAGUCCUUUUGCAAAUUUCGCAGAAGGGGGGGGGGGAAAUCCCUGAUAGGAGGAAAGAGAAAGAGAAAGAUUGUGGAAUGCGAGAAAGAGAAAGAUUGUGAUCAGCUCAGGUGGGUGGUAUAUAAUAAUAAUAAAUCUAAAUGGAGGGAGGAAGCAGCUUAUAGAGGUGACUCUUUGGCCAACCUGUAGCGAAUUUGCAAGCCUGAAUGAAUUCGGGUGGAAUUGGUUUCCUGCAUCGCGCGCAAACCAUGGUUUCUGGUUGCCGACUGGCAAGCGGCGAUAAGGGGCUGCUGGGUGUGUGUGUGGCUCCUGUGCCUUUAACAUUCAUUAACUUAAAGCUUCUGCGAGCGAUGGGUGUGGCUCAGUGGUAGAGUUUGGCAUGUAUAGGUUGCCAGGUUCAGUUGCACGUACCGUAUAUCUGCUUUGGGGCUGGGAGAGAGAGAGAGAUCACUGCAUGAAACCCGGAAGAGUCGCUGCAGGUCAGUGUAUGCAUUACUGAGCCAGAUGGACCCAGUGGUCUGGCUUUGGUAUAUAUGGCAGUUCCCUAUGGAUGUUUGCCCAACGCGUUUGUUGGUUGAAUGUGCAGAAUAGGAGAUAAGGGAGGGAGUUUCAUUGCGGCGGGCGCCAACGCUGCAGGGAAAUACAGGAACUGAAAGCAGGAACCGAGAGACAGUGGCUUCAGAUAAACAAGGGAAUUAAUUGAAUUAACCAGGAGGCAGGAAGAGCCUGGGGGUUGUGGCUGGGGGUGGUUGUGCAAGGCCUUGUGACUCAGUGAACAUUUAGAUACGGUGGAAUGCUGUGGCUGCAGCUAUGAGUGGCAGGGUGGGUGGGCCCUGCCUGGGCCUUUGGACUUCUAGGGAAUCUUCCAACUUCAUUCCCUCAAAUUUUCUGCUUUUCCAAAAUAAAUAAAUAAAUAAUUCUAGUUAUUUUCACCAUGCUAUGGUGCCACAAGGGGGUGCUGUGCUAAAAGGAUGCAUAACCCUAAACCUGGGGUCUUUUACACCCCAAGUGUUGAAAGGAUACCGCCCCACAACUGCAAUAUUUCUCACUGAGAGCCUGUGUGAAGCGUUUCCUCAGAUCUAUUGAGACGCGACAACAUUGGGAGAGCCAUAGGUUUCUCGUUCCCGGUUGAAACCCAGCAACGUUCGCUUAAAGAAGAGGCAGUAUGGGGGUCUAAGAAAUGCUUCAUUAAAACACCAGCAUGUUAAAUUCACACUAACGGAUGCCUAGUUUGUUCAUUAACUUGUGCAGCUGAUUUGCAGAAAGCUUUCUAGGUGAGCUCCCGUUGCUCGGUCCCUGCUCCUGCCAACCUAGCAGUUUGAAAGCACAUCAAAAUGCAAGUAGAUAAAUAGGUACUGCUCCGGCGGGAAGGUAAACGGCGUUUCUGUGUGCUGCUCUGGUAUUCUGCUAAGAAGCGGCUUAGUCAUGCUGCCCACGUGACCUGGAAGCUGUACGCCGGCUCCCUUGGCCAAUGAAGCGAGAUGAGUGCCACAACUCCAGAGUCAGUCAUGACUGGACCUAAUGGUCAGGGGUCCCUUUACCUUUUUUCUACAUGCUAUGUGCAACUUAAAAGUACAAAGGUAGAAACACAGGAAUUGGGAAAGGACCUCAGUGGUCAUCUUAGCCCAUGCAGGUAUUCCACUGCUACAGCAGCCUUGAUAAGGUGACCAGCCAGCCUUUUAAUAAAAACUUUUGAGCAGCCACUACAAAUCUUGCCACUCUUAUCUGACACAAAUCUGUUGAAGUGUUGCAGAGCAAAUACAGUGGUACCUCUGGUUACAUACUUCAUUUGUUCCAGAGGUCUGUUCUUAACCUGAAACCAUUCUUAACCUGAAGCACCACUUUAACUAAUGGGGCUGCCGUGCCGCCGCAGCGCAAUUUCUGUUCUUAUCAUGAAGCAAAGUUCUUAAUCUGAAGUACUAUUUCUGGGUUAGCAAUCUUGGUAACCUGAAGCGUAUGUAACCCGAGGUACCACUGUAUAUGAUUUUGCUUGAUCGCCAUUGGGUAUCCUGCUUAACAAAUUCAGAAUAAACGUUCCCUUGGUUCAGAAUGCCAAGAACAGUGUAAUAAACAAUGAUAAUGAUCUUCCACUUAUUGAGCACCAGAGAUGCAGUUCUGCAAGAAUUUUACGCCCCUCUAAGUAUUCUGAAGGCAUCGUCCGGAAUUGCAAAGCCACGAAAACAAUUACAAAUCCAAUACGGGUACUGAGUGGGCUGAAGAUCUCCACUUAAGACAGCUGGUUAGAAAAGAAAUUAUUUUAAAUACAAUAAAGUUCCUGUCUAAUAAAUAAUGGUGGGGUGGUGGUGGUUUUCCAACAAGUAGGUGCCACUACACCAAAGGCCCGAUUAUGACAUAGUGUGGAGUUGAUCCUCCUGAGGUCGUUGCAUGUAGCACAGCCUUCUCCUGCAGAAAAAUAAUAAUAAUAAUUUAUUAUUUAAACCCCGCCCAUCUGGCUGGGUUUCCCCAACCACUCUGGGCGGCUUCCAACAAAAGAUUAAAAAUGCAUUAAGAGUGUAGCAUUCAGCUGGUUUUAUAAGGGAUGAGAGGCUCUUUCAGGUAUCCUGGUCUCAAAUCUGCAUAGGGCUUGUUCGCAUUGAGUUCCAAAGUCUAUUCUUUCUCUUUGCAGACGUCCAAGCACCCAGCGGCCUUCCCAGUGAAGUCCAUGGAUUCCUCUGCCUCCCUCUUUGGGGAGAAGCCCUUGCUUCAUGCUUGCGCCCCUGCUUCUCUCACCCUUCCAAAGCUGGAGGAAGUCCAGGCCCGACUCUUGCAGCCCAUUACCCCGUCUGCUUCAUGGCUAGCCUCGCUGAAGCCCCUCAGUGCCCAGAGCCAGGUCGUGGCAGGCUCCUUGACAACGCCAAAUGCUCUGGAUUUCAAAUGGCUCGACUCGGUCCUUGAGCAGACACAGGUAAGCAUGGCUGUGGUAAUGCUAGUAGCAAUAACACCACCAACAAUAACUAUUUCACAAGAGAUGGUUUAUUUGGAUGCACAUCUGAUCCAUGAUGGGGUUAAUGGUCAAAGCCCUCCCCACCCAAAGAAUCCUGGGGAAGACACUUUUGUGACCAUGCUAGAAAGGCAGUUUUUUCACAAAACAAUAAUUCUUAGGUGUGCUCAGAAACGGAAGCCACAAGGCGUCAUCACUAGGAGUUGAUUCAAACAGAGCUGGGGUUUCUUUUCCUUUUCCCCCUUUGGGUGCUCCCAGAUGGGUGGGUGUUGUGGGAUCAGUUCUGUUCCUGCACAUCCCUACUGUAGGCGGGGAGAUUUUGAUGCAGGAAAAAGGUUUCAACAUUUCAGAAGUAGCAUAGUACCAGGAAAUAGGCCCUGUGUGAUACACCUGAAUGUGUAGAUCUGCGCUGCAGGCCGGUGUGCCACUGCUGCUAUACCUGCCCCCCCCCCCCGCCCAGUGUACUGUUGCCAGCCAAGGGAAGUCAGAGUUGUAUGGCAGAUGUAAAGGCGAAUGGGAUUCUACUUGGCGUUAAGCUUUUUCAUGUGUUACGCUGAGCACAGGUGCAGGCUGUCUAUAUAGGUACAUGUGUUUGUGCGAAAGCGUGUACGCUUGCUGAUUUGUACAGUGGUACCUCAGUUUAAGUACUUAAUUCGUUCCGGAGGUCCGUACUUAACCUGAAACUGUUCUUAACCUGAAGCAGCACUUUAGCUAAUGGGGCCUCCCGCUGCUGCCGUGCCGCCGGAGCACGAUUUCUGUUCUCAUCCUGAAGGAAAGUUCUUAACCUGAAGCACUAUUUCUGGGUUAGCGGAGUCUGUAACCUGAAGCGUAUGUAACCCGAGGUACCACUGUACAGCCAAGUGUAUUCCACACACUGUGUAUACACUUGUGGGUGAUAUUGCAUGAACAGCCUCAUUCCUGCCACUAAUUGUUCCUUUAUCGUUCCCUACUCCAGGCAAGGCAGCCUGCAGCAUCCGAGGUGAAGAAACUUGUGUCGUAUUCUGCCUUCUCUGAACCAAGGCUGCUCUGGUUGGAGAAUUCCCUUCUGAAGCAGCCUGCCCACUUGGCUGUUCAGGGGCUGGAGGAAUCCAAGGCUCGCCUGCUGCGUCCUAUUUCCACCUGUGUUGCUUUAUCAAAGCCUUUGGAUGUGCAGGUCUCUCCCCUAUUGGAUCCUCAGGAAAGAAUCUGUGCCUCAACAUCCUUGGGGUUGCCACCAGGUUACACAGCCCAGGAUGAGACUUUUGGACCAAGCACCAAACUGGAAGAACCACAGUUGCAAGUAAGACUUCAGUUGGACAAGGACCUAUACAGGCCAGGCCCAGUUGCUGGAGUAUUGUCAUGGCAACAGGAUAUUGCAUGAGAGAGGUUUCAGCAGCAGUAACUUUGGCCUGCUGGAGAAGGUUGGGUUGGAUGGCAAAGGGAAUGGAGGAAAGUUUUAUAGCCGGGAAAAAACAACCAUCUAGGCAGUUAGGAAAACCUGGGUUUUAAGAGUUUUCCUUCCAUAAAUUCGGGCCAGCAGCCAAAGCAGUGGCCCUCCACUGGACUACAAAUCCCAUCAUCACUGAUCGUUUGCUGGGGUUGAUGGGAUUUGAAGUCCGAAAACAUCUGCAGGGUCACAGGUUCCCCAUCCCUGAGCUUGAGGGGGAAUCCUCAGUCAUAAUCUACACAUGUUCAUUGCUAUUUUUACUUGGGUGAAGGGUUCUUGGUAGUGGCGCCCGCCCUGUGGAACACCCUCCCACCAGAUGUCAAAGGAAAAAAACAACUACCAGACUUUUAGGAGACAUCUGAAGGCAGCCCUGUUUAGGGAAGCUUUUAAUAGGAAGGACUAUUGUAUUUUAAUAUUUUGUUGGAAGCCGCCCAGAGUGGCUGGGGAAACCCAGCCAGAUGGGCAGGGUAUAAAUAAAAAAAUAUUAUUAUUAUUAUUUACAAACUACAUCUGAGGAGUGUAGCCAGAUGUGGCCACAAUUAAUACACACUUUAACAUUCCUGGUUGUGGACGCUUUUUUUUGUUUUCAGGGGUUUCAGAUGAAGCAUUUGCACGGGUCUUGUGCCUGAGAACUUUGCUGGUGUUUCUAUACUCACUGGUAAAAGACACCUGGAAAAUGAAUAUUGGAUAAUGCUUGUAGAGUGGUUGCAACUUUGACUAAGGGACAGUGGGGUUUCUUCCCCUGCAGGAGGAAAGGGAUGAGGUGGAAGCUGCUGGCGCCAUCCCAGAGUAUGUUCUCACUUUGCCCGAAGAUGACCUGAAAGUGCAGUCGGAAGAGGACGAUUCUUUGGCUGAUGAGCUGCCUGUGGAGAGCAAAGAGCAGCAAGUGAAAGAUCAAAAGGUGAGAGGUGUUGUGCUGGUAGGAACUAGGGGUUGGGGAGACUUUGGAUGCACCUUGCAAUUAAAAACAAAUUGCCUAUUUUGCAAUUUCCAAAGUGUUAUGUGAACUGGAAUACUGUAUUUUUCCUUCUAAGUUCACUUUGCUCCAAAUUUUGCAGUACAGUUCUCCAGCCAAAUAACAGAUUGUUAUGGGUUGGGGGUCAGUCUGGAUGACCAUACACCCUUCCAAACCUGUGAUUCUGUGCAUCAGAACAAGUCAGACUAGCUCCUUUGUGGCAGCUUAGCUAAUUUUACCCAUCACUUGUUUCUUAGAGUGAGUUCUAUUGCUGUAGAGACAAAUGGAUGGGUCUUCUUCCACCACGCUUGGCUGGAUACUGGGUCAUUCUGGGAUGGAGAAGAAUAGGCUAAACAUGUACGUGUGUGUGUGUGUGUGUGUGUGUGUGUGUGUGUGUGUGUGAAUGAAUGAAUGAAUGUGAAAGUGUGUGUGUGAGAGAGAGACAGAAGGUGUUAUGCUGACCCUGGAGAGAUGGAGACAUGUUUUGUUCUGUGUUGGAGCCAAAACUGAGCUUGCAACUUCCUUGGAAACGUAACGGGAAAGAAAGAUCUGCUGGGAUAAUGCUGUGUUGAUCCCCUCCAUCCUAUGCUCGGGUUGUGUUGAUAAAACCAAAAUAUCCCAAAGACACUGCAGUUUCCAUUGACCUUCAUUUCAAGGGAUCUAAACCCCAGGAAAGCAGAGGCCACCCCUGGAGUCUCUCACCGUGAAGAGAUUGGAGUGCACACAACAGUAUAUGAAAAAAGCAUAUAAUAGGGUCAAGUUGCAUAAAACUGCAUAUGUUUGUGAAAUUAACACGGAAUGCAUUUUUGCGUAUGGAAGUAAUUGCUUUGCAAAAUAAAAAUAAAAAUGUGUAUGGUAGGUGAAACGGCAAACAAGCAGGUGUACAUUAGGAGAAAUUCGCACUGAAAUGUAUAUGAACUUUCUUGAGGGUUUUUUCUUAACUUGAAAACUGAUGUUGGGAGCCGAGUUUGGAGAAACAAGAGAAACUGAAAUGGACAAAUUGGCUUGUGCCUAGUAGGAACACAGUGGUUCUGGUUUGUUGUUUUUGGAUGGGCACUGAAAAAUAGUGCACACAAUACAAGAUGGGCCAUGCAGCUGAGUGUUCCUAGAUAUAGAGGCGAAGAUUUGCUGUUAGUAUUAGGUUUCCGUUUCAACUGCUGAGUUGAUAGGGGCUUCUUGUAAUGGGCAAACUGGAACCAGCACCCACCCACCAAGCCCAAGGCAGUCACCUGCCCCUAAAUCUAAGUGAAUCCAGAGCUUCCAGCUUUUCAUCCAGUUCCAGUGGUGGAUUCUUAGAAGCUUAAGAGUGGUUGGUGUCCACUGGACUAGAACCUUGAAAUUUGAAAGAAACUCUCACGAGAGGCUUCCAAAGGCUUUCUCCUCUAACCCCUUCCCCCUUUUUUAGUUGAUGUUGUUGAGCCUGGCCUGCUGUUCGCUGGUGGAAGGCCCAAAGUUUGGAAAUCCUCCUGGUGAGCUUCAGCAGGCAUUGAUGCAAGUGUGUGAGAGCCUAGCAGAGCACGAUCCUGAAUUCAUUCUCAAGGUACGAGGGGGCAGUUAACCGGGAGCCUGGAUUUGUGGGGGUUGCACCCAAAAUGUCACAAGGGUGUGUGUGUGUGAGGCAUUGCGGUGCAAUCAUUGGACCAGGAAGAAACGCUUGCCUGUUCUCAAUGUGUGUUUAAUAUUUACCUAGAUUGGGACGCGGGUGGCGCUGUGGGUUAAACCACAGAGCCUAGGACUUUCUGAUCAGAAUGUCGGCGGUUCGAAUCCCCACGACGGGGUGAGCUCCCGUUGCUCAGUCCCUGCUCCUGCCAACCUAGCAGUUUGAAAGCAUGUCAAAGUGCAAGUAGAUAAAUAGGUACCACUCCAGCGGGAAGGUAAACGGCGUUUCCGUGUGCUGCUCUGGUUUGCCAGAAGUGGCUUAGUCAUGCUGGCCACAUGACCUGGAAGCUGUACGCUGGUUCCCUCUGCCAAUAAAGCGAGAUAAGCGCUGAAACCCCAGAGUCGGCCACGACUGGACCUAAUGGUCAGGGUUCCCUUUACCCUUUACCUAGAUUGUUUUCAUGAAUGCCAUUGAAUUUCCCAAGUGCUGACGGCACUCUUGUUGCAAAAUGUCAUUAUAAUAAUUCUUUCUCUUAAAAACAAACAAAACAAAACUGAGAAUAUUGUCAAUUAUAUAGUGGACUGGCCGUUAUUUUGUUGGCGGCAAUGUGACUGAGUGCCAAUUGUUGAGAAUCGCAAGUGGGAGAAUUUCUUCCAAUAAAGUACCUAAAUUAUUGCAUUAGGAUAAAUGCAAAUAAAGUGCAGAAGAACAUGGCUCUUUUUAUCUGUACGCUAGUCUCUUUUGUUGACUUUUUAUUUUAUUUUUUGUUUUUAUGUCCCAUACAGUCCCCCUAGGCUCAGAGUGGCAUGCAGCAGUUUUUCUAAAUGUCGUUAGGCCACAUCUAUGCCUCACAUUUAAAGCACCACCUCACCACUGUAAACAGCAGUGGCUUCCCCCAAGGAAUCUUGAGAACUCUGGUUUGUUAAGUGUGCUGAAAGUUGAUUGGAAACUUCUCUUGCCUUCGCAGAGCUACAAUUCCCAGAGCAGUUAAACAAUCUUUCCCCCAGGGAACUCUGGGAGUGUUAAAAGAAAUUUUGCAGAGUUCAUUUCAUUUCUCUAGAGCUCUUCCCUGGAGGGAGGUAGAUCUUCUUUCCUAGGCUCUGGGAUGCUGUUCCUUUCCAGAAGCUGCCAUUGUCCUUGGCAAAUUAUCUGGUUGUAACAAAUUAAAAUAGACUGGUUCUGAAACUGUCUCCAGGUGGGAACUGGUAUUUGAAAGAUCUUGAGCUGCAGAAGGAAUGUGGAAAUUAAAGGACAACAAAAAAAGAAUCCUCAUAUCAAAUUGUGUCAUUUUUGCUUUUGUUCCUUCUAUUGUGUGAUCACAGAGGGCUAGAAACUUGCAUCUCCAAAAGCAUGGAAUCUGUGCUAAGAGCAUUAUCUGCGUUGGAGCUUUCAGUGCUAACCUGGAAUUGCUGGGUGCAGUUGCUAGCCCAACAAAAAUGAUGGUGUUCUAUGUCAGGUUUGGCACAGUAGUUGUGCCGUUGUCCUUCUUGUGUCGGAAUCCGAGAGGUGUGACAAACACAUGAUACGAAUGAGGUCCACCUUUCUAGGAAAAUGUCCAGACUAGCUGCCUCAUCUUUGUGUAGUGGUGUCCUCAUACUCACUUCAACAUCUCUAGAAACCUCUCUGGGUUCUCCUUGACAUACUUUUCUGUGCACUUUCUCUCUCCCUCAAUGACAGGUUGCCCUGUACACUCGCCAGGAACUGAAUAUCCGCAGUACGGCCAAUUUUCUCCUGGCGCUGUCUGCUCGCCUUUUGCCCUGCCGCCCACAUCUGCGACGGUAUUUCUGCCACACUGUGCAGCUUCCCUCUGACUGGAAGGAGGUGGCCAAACUCUAUCAGGUAAGGAGAGAAUGACCGCACAAAAUCCUUUAGCAGGGAGUUCCACUGGUAAUCCAGGAUGCAGCACUGUUUCUCGUCCUGGUUAACACAUGGUGCUAUUAUUUUUCUCUUGCAUGCAGAGCCUAGCAGGGGAAGGAAAAGCUCUGGCUCCAAUGCCUUGCUGCCUUCGUGCUGCAAUGGCUGAUAAGUUCCGGCAGUUUGACAUGUACCAGUUGGCCAAAUACAAUAACCGCAAGAGCCAGGGGAAGAGAAGCCGUCGGCCGAAACCCAGGAAGGUGGGUGCUUUGAUUUCAGAGUUCCUGAUCAUCUUUGUACUUUCUGAUAUAGGCUAAACAUGAGCUGACUUGCUGUGAUACCACGGAGUGUUCAGAAACAUUCCAAUGGCUUGGAGGAAGGUUUCUGCAGCAGGGAAUACGCUUAGUGUGAGGGAAGCGAGCUGCAAUUUUGAUGGUUGGGUGGGGACAGAGCCUGCAUCACUGGGCUUGGAUGAGUUGGGAGGUUUUGAGCCUGGGGCCAGGAAGUGGCUAUAGGGCUAAAUAUGUUUUUUGCUUUUUUUGUUUGGAAAAAACUAAUCUAUAGCUACUCCUGUGUGAGAUGCAGGAAUCGCUCGUUGAAAAAAUCUUCAUGUGGAAUGUGACAAACUCUUGUGCUGGAAAAAUGUACAGAAAUGUCUUGUUCCCUUGUAUCUAACCCUGUACCUCUUUCUUCCUUCCUUCCUUCCUUCCUUCCUUCCUUCCUUCCUUCCUUCCUUUUUUUGGUGGAGGCGCCAAUUGGGUAUUUAUCUUCUGCUUUGUGAGCUUUGAGCGCCAGAAACUGUAAAAUGCAGACACCAGGCUUAUAGAAGCUUAUCCAUAUUGGGGCAUAUCUGUAGUACCAGGAGUAUUUGUGAUGUGUAGUUGGCCCAGGGACCCUGCACUGCUUGUUUGUGGCUAAUGCUUGUUCAUUUUGUUUCCUCAGCAAGAGCCAAGAGCUUCUAACUGGGAAGAGCAUUGGCCUGGUCGGAACACAGUUUUUGCAACAAAAGCCAGAUUGCUCCAGAGGAAGGUAAGACAUACCUGGGGGAGCAGAGGAAAGUGUUGUCCUGGGUACCACAUUCCCUUCCUGACACUAAAGUCUCUAAUUGUGUAUAGCUCAGGGCUAGGAAACUUUGAAGUGUUGUGUCGAGGUCUCCUGUCUUCAAGGAAAGGGCUCUGGGAGCCCCUUUCAAAACUUCUCUGAAGACGCAAAGUGGUUUUUGAGAUUUCUUAGUCCUCUUGUCAAUUGCUUCCCACCAGUUUGAAGAGGAGUUGAAAAAGGAAAAGGUGUGUCCAGUGGCCACCAAGGACCUCUUCUCCCUAAAGGCUUUGAUCCAGCGCCUUCACAUCUCUGAGCCGGCCCAGCUUGUAAUGAGUGUCCUGGGACGCAGGUGAGGCUUCCUGGGUAGCAUUGAAUCCCCCUCCUCCUGGCCAAUGGUAGCCUUUCGGUUUCUGAAGUGUGAGCAGGUAAGGCCUAUGUAUUCUCUACUCUGACUGGCAGUGGCUCUUGGAAGCUUUCGGGCAGGAGUUUCUUUCUACCUGAUUUAAACGGCCUCGGCUCAGUAUACCUGAAGGAGCGUCUCCACCUCCAUCGUUCUGCCCGGACACUGAGGUCCAGUGCUGAGGGCCUUUUGGCGGUUCCCUCGUUGUGAGAAGUCAAGUUACAGGAACCAGGCAGAGGGCCUUCUCGGUAGUGGCACCCGCCCUGUGGAACGCCCUCCCACCAGAUGUCAAAGAGAAAAACAACUACCAGACUUUUAGAAUACAUCUGAAGGCAGCCCUGUUUAGGGAAGCUUUUAAUGUUUAAUAGGUUAUUGUAUUUUAGUGUUCUGUUGGAAGCCGCCCAGAGUGGCUGGGGAAACCCAGCCAGAUGGGCGGGGUAUAAAUAAUAAAUUAUUAUUAUUAUUAUUACUUCAUUUAGAGAUGCCAGGGAUUGAACCUGUGGACCUUCCGAAUGUUAAAAGGGAUGCUCUGCUACUUAACUCACUCCUUCCGAAAGGAAGCAUGUGGCUUGGACUGAACAGCAGGUUCCGAGGAUAGGGCUUUUAUAGGACCUGGUGGGCAGGGAUUGGCCCUCGGAAGGGGUCAGCUGACGGAAUGCUUCAGCUGGUUGUUGAACUGCAUCCUAGAUGGCGCUCUUGAGCUCCAGAGCUGUGUCAGGCUUGCAGUGGAAGCAGAGGCAUGCAUGACAAAUAAAUAAACCUUGAUUUGACAAACCCACCUACCCUGUUAAAUUUCACGGUUGAGCUAAUAAAUCAUUUUGCAAGAAUUCCAGCAAUCAGCAUGUAUUAAGUGAUCUGCAUGGGCCAUGAUUCACCAGUGAGCUUCAAAUCAGCCUUCAGCCAUCCCACCUUCGCCCUAAAUCUCCUCCUCUUGCUUGAACUCUCCAGGUACCCCUCGGAUUUAAGUGCCUUCUCUCGAAGUCGCCUCCCUGGGCCCUGGGACUCCAGCCUUGCUGGCACUCGUAUGAGGCUGCCGAAGCCUCAAACCUGGGAGCGGGACCUCAGCCAAUUGGGGAACAAGGCCAAGGCCUGGGAAGAGCUGAUUGGUAGGUGUGAGAGAGAAGUUGAGUUUUGUUGUGGUGGUUUCCCCAUCUGCUGAAAAGUGGUGCCCCAAUAUCCCAGUUCACACCUGUGGCAAGUGAAGGAAACAGUUAUUUUGUUCGCUGACAUACGUUUUUGUGGGAGAAGCGGGACUCGGUUCAGUUGGGUCUGCUGAGGAGACCAGCUCCAUCCGGCUUCCCCCAGACCCUCAGUUGCUUCUGUUCCAGCCAGUUAUGAAACAGAAAUACCAUUUAACUUUCAAGAAUCAGCAGCUGUUUUCUCCCCCCCUUGUCUGCUUCCCCCCCUUUUGCUCAUUCUUAAAUGCUGUUCUGGGAACCAUUUUGGUUGAACAGUGAGGUACAAAUGCUCUAAAUAAGUAUGUUGCGUUUCUCCUUACCACCAGACCACUAGGAUUCUGCCUGUAGAAGGAGCAUGCCUUCCGCGAUGUGAAAACUUUGGCCUGGUUGCAAAAUUGGGGAACCCUCCAAAUCUCGAACGUUAACUAGGCUCUAGGUUGCAGAAAAUCCCUAGCUUCAGCAGGAGGGGGAGAGGAUGUGCUGCAUGCAGGCCAUUCUCGUGUUGGUGCAGAGUUCUGACUUUGGCCCAACGUUUGAGUCCCUCCCAAGCUUCUGUUGUUGGCCUUUUGCAGAUGCAGACAAGCUGCCUUUCAUGGCCAUGCUGCGGAAUCUGCGUAACAUCUUGCGGACCGGGGUCAGCGAUCGACACCACAUGCGACUGUUGAAGCGCCUGGAGGACAAGGUGAGGCCCUCGUACAGAUUUUAUUUUUUAACAGCAGUUUAGGAAGGUGCUCAGGGGAUUUGUCUUUCUAACCUGGGAUUAUGGGGUUAAACUCUCCAGGUUCUUUCCUAAAGAAAGGUCACUUGCUACCUGAAUCUCAAGCUUCUCAUCCCUUUUCUGCCACGUUUCUAGGCAUAGGUAUGUGCUUUAGAGCUCCGUGUCUGAGUGCUGUUUUGUUUUUUUUUGCCUUGGCACUUUGACCAUUCUUGUGUUGCAACAAGAGUAUGGAUUCCAUUUGCACCUAUGGAAGAAAUGUUGAAGUAUUUUUUGGGGGGGGAGGAACUAUUGGCACAACAGCAAAAUCUGCCCCUGAUGAAGGACAGCCAUAAUUUUCAGUACUUCGGUUGUAAUAGCAACUUUAAUGCGCAGUGCAUUGAUUUAACCCCCGUUACCCUUGCUUCUCCUGUUGACGUUUUUCUGCCCCUCCCAGGAAUCCGUCAUUCGCAGCAGGCAGCUCCCUUUCCGGUUCCUUUCAGCCUUCAAGGUCCUGAAAGAUCUGGAAAAUGAACUCAGAGAGGCGGGUAAGGCCUGCAUACCACCCAAGUUGCACUAGAGGGCAUUUUUGAAAGGCACCAGUGAGAAUUGGUUAGAAAACAGGGGUGAGGAUCCUUGGGCCUGGAACUACAUGUGGCCCUCCAGGCCUCUCUGUAUGGCCCUCAGGGACUCUCUCCAGGCCACACCCACCAGCAGCUCUGUCCCACACUCGCCUUGAGUGCAUUUGCCUGACUGGAAUGUGACCUUAGGCUAUGCUGGUACCUCUUGCCUUGCCCAGGAGUGUAUGUGUUUGUGUGCGUAAACCUGACUUCUGCAUUGCUGUCAUGUUGCCUACAGUACAAAAGUAAUGGUCCUUUCCAUUGCUCCUCCCACUUCUGCCUCUGCCACCAGGGGCCACUGGCAUGUAGGCCCUGUAACAGGGCAGUCCAGCUUUGCAUACCAAGCUGUCCACAACAGUACUUUGGCACGGAACCCAUGGCCUACACAAUGCCUUGUUGCACUUGUGGGGUGGGUGGGAGAAAGCGAGCCCAAAAGCCAGCUAUUGUGCUGGCUUCCCAGAGCUGGAUAAGUGAGGCACCGGACUCUGCUAGGACCCUGUCAGAGCCCUCACGCCUCCUUCCCAAAGCCUAGCGGCUUGCUUACCUAGCUUCGGGAAGGCAGUGCAAGGGUUGGGUGUGUGUGAAAUGUUGCUGAGGGCCGCCAAUGAAGUACUCAAGGCUGCAUGUGGCCCUUGGGCUGUGUAUUGGACUGUCCCUAAGCCUGAAUAAGGCUUCCCCAAUGGACUGCAAGAAGAUCAAACCUCUCCAUUCUGAAGGAAAUCAGCCCUGAGUGCUCACUGGAAGGACAGAUCGUGAAGCUGAGGCUCCAAUACUUUGGCCACCUCAUGAGAAGAGAAGACUCCCUGGAAAAGACCCUGAUGUUGGGAAAGAUGGAGGGCACAAGGAGAAGGGGAUGACAGAGGACGAGAUGGUUGGAUAGUGAUCUUGAAGCUACCAGCAUGAGUUUGACCAAACUGCGGGAGGCAGUGGCGUGCUCUGGUCCAUGGGGUCACGAAGAGUCGGACACGACUAAACGACUAAACAACAACACCCUAGAUAUGAAAUGCAUUCUAUCACUGAUGGCCUCAGGUGUCGGUGAUCUGACUGCGGCACAAGGAAAAUAGCAGAGAGGGAAGGUUGAUGGUGAGGGGGACUUCUAUGAAAGUGAGAACAGCAGAAGGGAUUGAUGAAGGAGUUUGGCUGAGUGACUUUCAAGGCACCUGUGUGGGGUGGGUGAGUUAGUAUGACAGCAAGGGCAGCUAGGUUUUCUGUAGGUUGUACAAAUUUGCAGCAGCCUUUGAAGGGAGUGGGUGGGCUGGAAGUUGCUGGCUGGGAUAAACACCUUACCAGCCCUCUCUCUUUCCCUACAGAGACCCCCUUCCCUAGCAACAAAGACAUCAUCCUCAAGAUCAUACAGCGACAUGGGCUGAACAUCUCCUAUGGGAGGUCAUCGCUAUCUUGGACACGGCGAAGCCUGCGUGGGUGUCUGGAGAUCCCCGUUAUCUUCAGUAUGGUGAAGCGCGAGAAGAGGAAACUCCUGAAGGCCAGGUAGCGAUGGGGCUGGCUGUGUGGUGAGAAGUGAGAGGCGGACUGUUCACGUCAGAAGUGCAGGGAAGUAAGAGGGGAAGUAUGUGCUUCCACAAGGAGGCUAAAAGUCACUCUUGCCCUGCAUCCUGUUCGGCCAACAGCAGCCAAUCAAAUGCUUCUGAGAUGCUUGGAGGCGGGGCCUUCUGUCUCCAGCCUCUUUGACCCAGAGAUGCAUUGCAAUGGAAUAUGGGAGUUUCAUUUUUAGCUAGGAACAGGAUUAGACAAAUCCUGGAGGGGGAUAAUGCUAUGUUAGUCCCUUCACUGUUGGAGGAAGUAUACCUCUGGAUAGCAGUUGCUGGGAAUUACAGGAGGGGAGAGUGGUUUUGUGUGUGGGUGGCACAGUGGUCUAAACCACUGAGCUUCUUGGGCUUGCUGAUCGGAAGGUCGGCGGUUCAAAUCCCCGUGAUGGGGUGAGCUCCCAUUGCUCUGUCCCAGCUCCUGCCAACCUAGCAGUUCGAAAGCACACCAGUGCAAGUAGGUAAAUAGGUACUGCUGCGGCAGGAAGGUAAACAGCAUUUCUGUGCCCUCUGGUUUCCGUCAUGGUGUUCUGUUGUGCCAGAAGCGGUUUAGUCAUGCUGGCCACAUGACCUGGAAAGCUGCCUGUGGACAAAUGUCGGCUCCCUUGGCCUGAAAGUGAGAUGAGCGCCGCAACCCCAUAGUCGCCUUUGACUGGACUUAACCAUCCAGUGGGCAUCUGGUCAGCCACAGUGAGAACAGGAUGCUGGAAUAGAUGUGGAUGUGAGGUCUGAUAUAGCGGGGUACUUGGAGUGAAGAGCACUGUGGCAUAGCUAUUGUCUUUUUUUUGUUAAUAGACACAUUCAAGGUUGUUUAUAUAGUUCACUUACUUGUUUAAAUAGAAGAAACACUACAUCUCACUUUGCUGCAAAACACUACAGGGGAAGCUUCCAUCAUUGCAGCGGUGGCUCAGGUGUUGACUGGCAUGUGUGUGUUCAUUUGUUUAUCUGUCUUCCUUUACAGGGAGAUUCGCUGCAGCCACGCUCUCCUGCAACGCUACCAGGAGGCUCUGGAGAAAGCAAUCCACAUUGCCGUUCGGCACAAUCUGCCCCCCAUCCCUGGCCGCACCCUCAUCCUGAUAAGAAACUCAGACAUGUCUCAGCCCUACGUGAAGGCCCAGGGUCUCUGCUGUCCCAGCACCAAUGGGCAGGAUGACAUUGGACGGGCCUCCCUCCCCCUUACGGUUUGUUCAUCUUAAAAGCAACCUUUCUGUUUUCCCUUUCCUGUUGACUUGUUCCAUAAUAGGAACUGCAUUAGGGCAACUGGGACACUUCCUUCCCAACCUUGCUUGGCCCCCACCUGCCUAUUUCCUUUCUUAAAACCAGCCCAGAGGGUGUCCCUGGCUGCCAUCUUCCUCCUGAGUUCUCUGUAUUGCCCUCGUAGAACUCAGGAGGGGAGGGAAAACCUUUAACUAGUUGAUUCUGCUUGUCAUUGGCUUCGGAUCCACUGAUUAUUAUUAAUUCAUUUGUAUGCUGCUUUCAUACCAAAUGGCUUCUAAAGCAGUUUACAAAUGUAAAAUCAAUCCUACAACCCAUACCUGAUUCAAAUGCAUAAUACCAAUUCAUCAGAGCAUUAAAACAUCUUUAGUUUAAAAUGUGUAAAUGAACUAGUUUAAAAGCAUGACAAAUUGGGUAAAACAAUAAGAAAUCCUAAGUUCGGGCAACUGCUUGGCUGAACAGGUGUCUCUUCAGGAGCCUGCGGGAUGCCAAUACUGAUGGGGCUUCUCGUACUUCAGCUUCUUUCCCUAUUAAUAUGACAACAGCCCUGCCCUGCCAACCCCCCCCCCCCCCGGUACUACCAGCUUUCCAGCAAAAUGUACCAGUUGUUUUCAGGAACUGUAUGUUUGAUUAAUUUAAUCUUCAACUAUUUAUUAUUUGUUUUAGUAUUUGUACCCCCUCUGUUUGACUUAAAAAUAAUUGCGGGUGGUGGCUUAUAACCUAAUUUUUAAAACAGUUGUAAACCUCAGUUGCUACAUUUUUUUUGUUGUUAAACGAUAAAAGAAAAUAAUAAUUAAAAAAUGAAACGCCCGCUGUACAGGAAAAGGUAAUGUUGGUUGAUGAGUAAUAAAAUUCUCUGGUCAGUGAAAGAGAAUUUUCAGGCCAAAAAACUUCUUAUUUUUCACACAACACCAGCUCAGAGGCCAGUUUCUGCAGCAAGAUGGUUCCUGCCAUUCCCUUAAUUUUAAAACCUGUGUCUGGAAGCUGCAAGAUUAUAACAUGUAAAACGGCCUCCUGAAAUUACUUCCUGGCAAAUCCACUGGCGAUUUGAGCUUGCCUCUGGCAGAUAUAAUUAUAUCUAGGAUAAUUGAGGGUUGCUUCCAGACUGCAGCUGCUUUUAGGUGGGAUUCAGUCACGUGCCAAUACCAGCAAUUAAAGUAGAUUUGGAGUGUUGCAGACGUGCUUCGCUCCCCUCCCCCCACCCCAAAAUCCUUGUGUGACAAGGGAAGUGUGGAAUAAGUGCUUCUUAGUUGUUUGACACGACGUCGUCUAAACUCCCCAGAAGCAAAUAAGUUUGGAUGCUCAGUGAACAGAUCACCUGGAAGCGGCUUGGCUUUUUCCACACUAGAGCCAAACGAAUAUUGGGCAUGUCAAGGCGACUGCUUCUCCAGCCAUAAGGGAGGCCUUCAAAGGGACUAGAGCUUUGCAUAUAUAUUUUUAAAGGAAAGACUUACUGUCUCUCCUCCAGAAGCUGGACGUGGCCAUGCUGUUGGGUUCCAUGGUGCAUUUUGCGUCGGAGGAAGCCCAGAUUCUCUUCAGCUACGAAGGACAAGAAUUCAGGCCUGCUGCCAUGACGGGCUCUGUGCUGACGGAUGUGCAAGCUCUGCGAGAUUUGGUAAGACCUGGAAUUGGGGUCUGUGUGGGGUUCGUUUUCCUGGUCCAAGGGUGUGGCUUCCCAAGGCAGGCUUAAUCCUCUUCCUUCCCCCAGGUCCUGAAUCAUAACAGAUGAGGAAGAUAGGAAACUGAGUCAGCCCAUUGAUCCACCUGCUGAUUGGCAGAUAAAAGUUCAUAAAGUGUCCUCUCUUACCCCUUCUGGGGGAGCCCAGGGUGGAACCUGGGACCUUCUGUAUGCCAAGCAUGUGUUCUGCCACUGAGCUGCAACUGCCUCAUGCUAAAUAGAAUUAAGCAAAUCAUAAUAUGGGAGAGAAUCGGUCACAUCUCCUUACCCCUUUCUGUACUUACCUGGCAUUUUCAGUUUCUUAAGGGGAUGUUCUUUAUGAACUUCGCAUCCCAGAUCACAAGGGAUAAAUUUAAAAUGGAGCUGAGUUGUGAGCUUGCAAAGAGGAAGUGUUCCAUUUUUUUAAAAAAAGGAGGGAUGGCAAACCAUAGGCCCCUGUCACAGCCUCCCUUUUUUGUUUUGUUUCCCCACCCCCGGGCAAAAUGCCACCACUUAGCAUAGCACCUGAACGUUUAAAAAAGAAAAAAUAGAUGCAAAUUAGCUGAGAAAGAGGACUGUCUCUCUCCGUGUGUGUGUGUGUGUGUGUGUGUGUGUGUGUGUGUGCAUGCACCUGGGUUUUUAUUUUUUGUUCUGGACACGACUGCUUUCGUGCCGCGUGUGGAAGGUUGGCCAAGGGUGACCCUCUGACCCAACCAAAAGUUUAGUCAACUUCCCUCUCUCCCCCCCUCUCUCCCCACCUUUCUUCUCCCCCUACUUUGUACUGUAUACAGCAUCUUAAGCAUUACAGCAUUAUUCAAUAUCUCACACUGAAUGUAACUGAUCUGUAGAAGCUCUUAUGACCUGAAAAUAAAGACAAUGCACAUACUUUUUAAUAAAACUAUUUUUUCAGCAACAAAAAACAUGCACAGGAGCCCUCAAAAAACACUCCGUCUGUGCUGGUUUUGCAAUGUAUGUUUUUAUUGCCGCCCCCCCCCCCCCAUUAUACAACAUCAUGGGAGUUUGUGCUUGCAGUAUUUCCUGUGAGUCUUUUUCAGUUGGGUUUCCCUUUUCUCACAAGGAAGGCUUGCCUGCUGCUUCUAGGUGCAACAGGCCUUGCCUCAGGAACCCAAGAAGCAACUCUUAACACUGAGCCCCAGACCAUUGUUCCAUCUAGCUUAGGUUGUCCACAGUAGUGACUGGCAACAGCUCUCCAGGAUUUCAGAUGGGGAGGCGGGGGGGGUGUCUCUCCCAGCCCUACCCAGAGAUGCUGAGGCUUGAAUCUGGGGCUUUCUGCACCCACCCAUUGUGCCUGUUUUGUUUGCUUCCACUUCUAGGAUGCAUACUACAACUAUGAAGAGGAUCACAGAGCCAGAGAUGUCAUCAUGGACCUCAUUGCUCGCCGCCAAAAGGUGAGUCUCUGGGCUUGCACUGUGGAUGAAUUAAUUGACUACAACCUCUUUAUUUGGGUGGCUACCUUAAGAAUGAAAGGAAGGCGUUAGCUAAUUGAUUUGAAUUUGAACACGACUCAGCAGAGCAGUCCUUCAUUUCCUUUUUAAGUGGUACGUAUAUCUGUUACAGGGAUGCAGGUGGCGCUGUGGGUUAAACCACUGAGCCUAGGACUUGCCGAUCAGAAGGUUGGCGGUUCGAAUCCCCGUGACGGGGUGAGCUCCCGUUGCUCGGUCCCUGCUCCUGCCAACCUAGCAGUUCGAAAGCACGUCAAAGUGCAAGUAGAUAAAUAGAUACCGCUCCGGUGGAAGGUAAACGGCGUUUCCGUGCGCUGCUCUGGUUCGCCAGAAGCGGCUUAGUCAUGCUGGCCACAUGACCUGGAAGCUGUACGCCGGCUCCCUCUGCCAAUAAAGCGAGAUGACCGCCGCAACCCCAGAGUUGGCCAUGACUGGACCUAAUGGUCAGGGGUCCCUUUACCUUCACCUAUAUCUGUUACAGCAAACAGUGUUGGAAUUCGUUUAUUUCAAUUGCGUAUAUGCAGCCUUUCAGAGCAAAAAUCUCUGAAAGGUGACUCACAUUGAAACCAUAAUGCACAGUAUCUCUUCCAGGCAACAAUACAAAGCUUUUAGUAUUGCCAACAAAUGAAUCUUCUUGGAUGGAGCCUGUCAUUUGCAAUUUUUAUAAUGUAUAUAAUAAAACAUGCUGCCCGCUUUAACAACGGGUGCUUUUUAAAUGGUUGCGUCUGAAGCUACCUUGUACCACACCAGACAUUAGUGUGUGCUUUUAGUGCCAGGUGAAGACCCAUUUAUUCACCUAGGCAUUUGGGAUCCUCUUCAUAUCAGGACUUAUAUUUUUCUCUGUGGGUUUAAAAAAGCGUUACACUUCCAUUUAUUGAUCAAAUUUAUAUCCUUCCUUCGAAAGGAGCCCCUUUUGGGCUUUGUUUUUGCAUUUUAAAGCUCUGCUUUAUUCUUCUGUCACUUGUUAUGUGCCCAGAGAACUAUGUUGUUGGGCAGCCUGUAUAAAUGGGAGGAGGUGGGUAUCCAAAGAUUUAUGAACAGUGCUGAGAGGGCAACCCACCUCUGACUUAAGGAAUGAUGCUGUCAAACAGCAACAGCAACUGCCCUUGUGCAGUGAGCCUCCCCAAGGCUGUCCUCUUUUGGAAGCAGCGUGCUGGGCUGUAGAAUGAUGACCCUUUGGGCAGUGACACCGAGGGGGUGGUGCCCUGAUGCAAUGAACCAUAGACAAUACUCUUCUAGGAUAGUGUUAGCAGAUCUGUGCAUCUCCUUUGGCAACAGAGAGCCUCAGUGUGGCGUCCCAACUCCUCCGAGCUUUCCAUGGUUUUGCAGAGCGCAGCUGCUGAAUGAUUUAAUUUCAGUUCACCAGUGAACGCUGCCGGUUGAUGGGGAAGGCCCUGUGGGGAUUAGCCAUGUGCUCAGGCAAUUUGCUUUGGGCUGCUGAUGGGGUUUCUGGUUUCCUACAAGUUCCUGACUCCUGCUUGCUUGCUUCUCACUUCUCCCAUGCCAGGUGGACAGAAUUCUUCUUCUGAGCGCUGAGCCCUACGUCCCGCUCCUUGGCUCUGCCCUUUGGCUGUAUCGCCACCAUGUGUCCCCCGACUGCCUCUUUGUCAAUGUCUGUGCGAAUGCAGCGUAAGUAGGGGAGAUAUUGCAGGGACUAGGAAAGCUGCCUUAUACUGCCUUAUACAUAGAAUCAAUUGUAGAUUGGAGGGGGGACGGACCCUAAGGAUCAUCUAGUUCAAUUCCCUCCCCCCCUCCAAUGCAGGAAUCUCAACAUGUGGUUCCCCCAUCCAUUUUGAAACCAUAACAUACCCUGCUUAGCUUUGGAAAUCUGCUUCAGCUAUUACCAUAUUUUUUGCUCUAUAAGACUCACUUUUUCCCUCCUAAAAAGUAAGGGAAAAUGUGUGUGCGUCUUAUGGAGCGAACGCAGGCUGCGCAGCUAUCCCAGAAGCCAGAACAGCAAGAAGGAUCGCUGCUUUCGCUGUGCAGCGAUCCCUCUUGCUGUUCUGGCUUCUGGGAUUCAGAUUAUUUUUCCCCCUUGUUUUUCUCCUCCAAAAACUAAGUGCGUCUUGUGGUCUGGUGCGUCUUAUAGAGUGAAAAAUACGGUAGUCUUUCCCAAUCCCAUCCACUUAAUCCAGUGCUCUUGGGAAGAGUGAUAGCAUCAUGUUCUUAAGUAAAUGUAUCCAAGUUCUUCAUGUACAUUACUGGCCAAUAGGAGCUUUCCCCCCCUAUAUCACUGUCUCUCCCCUGCCCCCCCCCGCCUUGGUAGAGAGAGCUACAACCCUUCUUUGAAGAUAAUUAUUAUAUAUUUAGUUUUCCCCCUGACGGGACUCAAGACAUCUUACAGGGACUGCUAAAAACAUAGAAAAAUCAGUCAUUUUUAAUUGUAUCAUUUCAUUCAGUCAAUCAAUCAAUCAAUCAAUCAGUCAUUUAGUUCUAUCACUGUUUAAUUGUAUCUCAAACUAUUUAUUAACUAAUGAAGUCAUUUAUUGAAAUACUUUCUGCCCUUAUGUAGUAGGCAGCUUCCCAUUAAUAUACCGUAUUUUUCCGUGUAUAACACGACCCCUAUUUCUGGGGGAAGAUUGCCCAGAGUUAUUGAGCUUUUUUUGGGGGGGAGAUUGCCCACAGUUGUUGAGCUUGGGGGGGCGGGAUUGCCGACAAUUGCUCACCCACCAAACCGCCACUGCCAAUCACACGCAUCCACGAAGCCAGUAGCCGACAUUCGCACGCCCGGUUGCCUCAGCAGCAGCAAAUCGCAAACAGACCUUGCCGCAGCCACCAUUCACCCCCUUAAACGCCACUGACAAUCUCCUGCUCGAGGCACCCACCAAUCGCCUGUCCCAUCCUUCACUAUCCAUGUAUAAGACGACCCCAAAUUUUUAGCAUUUUUUUCUAAUAAAAUAACCUCGUCUUAUACACGGAAAUAUACGGUACUUGCAUUUCCCACUUUUAUUUUUAUUUUUUAAAGCUCUGCCUGGGUUUGGAGCAUUAGAAAGAGUGGGGGGGGGGAGCAUGGGGGGUCUGGUGGAACACACCCCAUAAACUUUACUGAGUACUGUUCCUUCCCCUAUUCAAUUUUAGGAAUCCAAGUACUUCCGGUUCCAGGAAUGUUGUGAUAAGUGGGUUCAAUGAGCAAGUGCUCAGGUGAGUCUCAGAACUGAGCAAAUGCAGAGGAAAUGCUGGCUGGCAGGACACUAUUUACCAAUGUGUAUUUACUGGGAGAACUUCAGCCGUCUUUGUUCCUUUGGAUAGCUGAGGAUUAAUUCUGCAAAUGGUUGCUGAAAGCCAGAAAAUGAUUUUUUUAAAGUGUGCGUUUAUGAGCAUUGAAGGCUGGUGGCUACUAGCAGUUUGGCAUGCAGCCAGCCAUGGAAACAGAAACCUGAGAAGCACCUUGUUCAUUUUGGGUUUUGUUUUGCAUUUUGUGCUGGAUUAAUAACCCCUUUCUGUAUUUUGCAGGUUUAUGGCCGAAUGUGGCAACUCCCGGUUCCUCGAGCACGUUGGGAAGGCUGAUGAGCUCCAUGGCCUGCCCAAGAAGCGGAAGGCGGUGGCAGCUGAGGUGGAAACUGGGGUUGCCUCCUUGAUACCACCCCCCAAGAGCAGGUAACUGUGAACUGAGGUUUAUGUAUGGGUUGCCCUACAAGUGGAGCUUCGUAAAAUUUAUAUACUGCUUGAUUGUAAAAAAAACCAACAGCAACCUCAAAGCUGUUCACAGAAGGAAUAGCAGGUUAAAAACAACUAUUUAAAACAUCCAAAAAAAAUUAAAAUCAACUAUAAGUUAAAAUCCACAUUAAAUGCCAGUCCACAUUCUACAAACUGAACAGGCUAAACAAAAAUGUAUUUAGCAGGCAGCAAAAACAGUACAGUCAUACCUUGGUUUUCAAACAGCUUAGUUCUCAAAUGUUUUGGCUCCUGAACGCCACAAACCUGGAAGUGACUGUUCUGGUUCGUGAACUAUUUUUGGAAGCUGAACAUCCAGCAGGGCUUCCAUGGCUUCUAGUUGGCAGCAGGAGCUUCCUGCAGCCAAUCGGAAGCUGCGCCUUGGUUCCCGGAUGUUGUUGAAGUCAAAAGGACGUCCAGAAUGGAUUUUGUUCGCCUUCCAAGGUACGACUGUACAGUGAAGGUACCUGCCUGAUCAAAAUGGCCGAGUGGGCACUUGUGGUGCUUAGACCUCUCAGGGUUAUGACUCCUUUUGUAUCCUGAAUCAUUUCCCUCACAGGUGGCGCUCUGUCAAGAUUUUUGUCUCCUCCACCUUCCGGGACAUGCACGGCGAACGGGACCUGCUGAUCCGCUCCGUCUUCCCUGAGCUCCGAGCCCGGGCAGCCCAGUUCUGCCUGGCGAUAGAGGACAUCGACCUCCGCUGGGGGAUCACUGAGCACGAGAGCCAGCAGAACAAGUAUGAGGAGAGGAGGGGAAAGACCAGGGUUAUUUGAGGGUGCUCCAAACUUCCUCAGUUCUAAGUCAGCUUGUCUGAUAGUUGAAUUUUAGUUUAGCACAGCACCCUUUGACUACACUUGGAGAGUAGUAGCCUAGCUUACAGGGUAGAGUGCAGGCCACGUGGUACAUACACAGUUCUACUCCUCCAGUCCUUCUUUCCUUCUGCCUGAGGCGGCUGCAUCACUUUGCCUAAUGUUUGGGCCAGAGCCUGAUGCCCACCCCCAGUCUAAUGUCUGUAAUUUCUCUUGUGCAGUUGGGGGGAUCUUUUUGAAUUCGUUCUUUGGAAAAGUGAAAUGGGAAGCUACCUUAUACUGAGCCACACCUUUGGUCCUCUAGCUUAGUACUGCUUACACUGACUGGCAGAAGCUCUCCAGGGUUUGGGGCAGGAAGUCUCUCCCAGCCCUACCUGGAGAUGCCGGGGGUUGAACUUGGGACCUUCUGCACACAAAACCGGUGCCCUACCACUGGACUGUGGCCUUUCCCCUAUUGAUUGAGCGAAUAAAGAAAACACAGCAUCAAAAUUUUCUGUGCAUCGGAAGCAAGGCAGCAUGGGAGUUCUGUCAGAACACCAUGACCUGUUUUUCUUCCCUGUGUAACUAUCUCCUGUAAAUGCAUUUAGGAAGGUGGUGGUGGGAUUGGAGGUUCAGCAGACAGAUGUUCUAAAGGUUCAUUAUCUCUCUAGGCAGCUGGAGCUCUGCUUGUCAGAAGUCUGUCGGAGUCAGCUGUUCAUUGGGAUCCUUGGGGAGCGGUAUGGCCACGUCCCUACGGAGUAUUCCUUGCCAGAUGAAGCCCAUUUUGAGUGGGUGAGUGAAGAGACUGUGAGUUAGCCAGUUCUAGUGCUGCUCAGUAGCACUUAGGGCCCAGGAGGAAGCAUUCUUUCCCAAACAAAACGGGCACAGUCUGGUUAGCAGUUUUCUCCUUUUCAUACACAAGAUAGAAAUUUUGCUGCCUAUCCCAUGAAUAGCAUUCUGGUAUGUGCAUGUCUGUUCCUGAAGGGUUUUCCCAGCAUAGCUUACAGAACUCUGAAAAGAAUACACUCCCUAUUCUUAGCCUUGGAAUCUUAAAAAAGGCAUGGCACAGAAAGAAUACUAAUUGGGAGAGGGAGAAGGAACCACGUAUUUUUCCAUGUAUAAGACUAGGUUCCCCCCCUUAAAAAUGUCAAAAAUUAGGGGGUGUCUUAUACUCUGGGUCAUCUCCCCCCAUUUUCUUAAAUCUGAGUCCCCCCAAAUAGAGGGCGUCUUAUACAUGGGGGCAUCUUAUAGAUGGAAAAAUACAGUAAGUAAACUCUGGUAUCAAUUCUUAGUUUUCGAAUGACCGUAUGGAAUGGGAAUAGUAAGCAAGGAAGUGGCAAAAGAUGCUGAUCUCUCAUGGCGUGUCCCUGCUUCCCUCAUUCUGUUAGCAACCUUCUCAGUAUUCCCUAUCAAAGGGAAUACUGUCCAUGGAUAUAACAGAUUGCAGGAUAAAUAAUUUUUUUUAAAUGAAUUUGCUGCCCUAGGAGACUUAGGGUUGUUUCUAAUGCAGCUCUAUAUUAAAGUCACUUUGGGGGAUACUUGUACCACUGUGAAAAUGUUUUGCUCCAGUGGAACAUUGUCACACGAGAGAAUGCAUAGUAGUCAGGUGGCUGGUAACUUUGCAGAGCCUGUUGUUCGAUUAUUUCCUGCAAGCACAGCCGUUGCACAUUAGAACCCACCCUUGUGCUAGCAGGCAGAGAAUGUUGAAUCCAACUAAACUUCAAUGGGAAGGGGAAGAGGAUGUGAGGGAGAACUGACAUUAAAAGAGCAAGAAUGCAGUCAAAGAGAAGAUGACCUCAAAACGGCUCUUAGGAGUCCUUCAGGUUGCGUGUUGCAAAGAUUGUAUGUUGUCUCUGCAGGUGAAGUCUUACCCAGCGGGCCGCUCCAUCACUGAGCUGGAGGUGGUUCAGUUCCUGAACGGUUGUGAGAACCCUGCUGCACCAUCCAGGAGCUUCUUCUACCUCCGGCAGCCAGACUUUCUUGAGUAACGCAUUUUGUUUUAAAAUAUUUCCGUAUGCCUGUAAUGUAGUGUAGCUUAAUGUUUGUUUGUUUUUAAAUCGAUUAACCUGCCAUAACCUAUGAUAGUUACUGCACAAAAGCACCAUUAGUUUUGUUCUGCUUUAUAGCUCAGUCGGCAGAGCAUGAGACUCUUAAUCUCAGGGUCACGGGUUCGAGUUCCGUGUUGGGCAAAAGAUUCCUGCAUUGCAGAGCGGGUUGGACUAGAUGACCCUCGUGGUACUUUCCAACUCUGGUUAUUUGCUGAUCCCAAUGGAAAUUGCACUUGGUUUUGGUGCAACAUUUUCCAGAUGCCACGUUGGGCUGAAAUUUGGCAUUCUGGAGGAGAAUUGUGCAUCCUGAAGAUUCAUGUGUUUCUUUUGAGUAAAGUAAACCCGUCAGAUCUCUAGUCUUCUUUGUUAGCUGUAGACAAAAUGCUUUGAAUUGUGUGAGUAUCUGGUGAAACUGUAGGAUUGGGCUUGUGGAUGGGGCUGUGUUCCUUUGAUCCCUCCCUUUUAGAGAUGUGUAGACCUGUGGGGAAAGGGAUCAGAAAAAUCGGUGUGUGUGUGUAGUGGUUAAGAGCGGUAAGACUCGUAAUCUGGUGAACUGGGUUCGCGUCCCCACUCCUCCACAUGCAGCUGUUGGGUGACCUUGGGCUAAUCACACUUCUCUGAAGUCUCUCAGCCUCACUCACCUCACAGAGUGUGUGUUGUGGGGGAGGAAGGGAAAGGAGAUUGUUAGCUGCUUUGAGACUCCUUGGGGUAGUGAUAAAGCGGGAUAUCAAAUCCAAAUUCUUAUUCUUCUUCUUGGUAAGUUUUUGUGGGCCCCGCAGGCCUUCUCUACUUUGGGUACCAAGUUCAAAAUCUUCAUAACAGCCCUGCAAAGUAGGUUUGGGCGAGAGAUAGCAACUGGCUCAAGAGCAUUGUGGUUGAGUGGGGAUUUGAAUCCCAUGUUUCCCUGAUUGUGCUCUGUCUCCACUACAACACACAAGCUUUACAUCUGGCAUACAUUAUGGGCAUUAAAAACACAUUUGUUCAUGUGUGCAUACCAUUUUUAGUGCUUCUGCUGGGAGGCAAGGAGCUGUCCAGGGUCCUGAAGCUCCACUCCCUACAGAGUACAGUACUGUACUGUGACAACACCUCUGCUCCAAACAUACACUCUGGUUAUAGCUAUGCUGUUUGUGCUAGCCUCAGAGGAUUGCAACUCUAGUGAGAGGUGCUGAGAAUUUAAUUCAUUGGCCUCCUUGUGUCUCUUGGGUAUCUCUUCUUUUGCAUGUGCUUGUAGAAUCACAUUUUUUCAGUAUCCCUUGGUAUGCAACCAUGAUACGUAGAAGCAAAGCCACAAAACGGUUUGGAAAGAUGUUAAAUCUGAUUUGUAACAUGGCCUGAGAUUCCUCUAGCUGUAGGCCCACAAGAAGAGAGUGAAAGACAACUGAAAUAAUCGGGGUGACACAUUUCCCUUCCAUUGUAAAAUUAAAUAUACAGCGUGACUGUAGAAUUGCUGAUCACAAGCAACUCCCAUCAUAAAAGGGAGAUUGUUUAUUGCAAAGCAAACUGGAUUCCUGUCCAGUUCCUUUGAAGGAAGGGAUGACUCAGGAGGAACAAUGGAUUAUAGUCGUCAUCAUUAUCAUUUUGUUUGUAUGCCGCCUUUCCAUAGUUGCAACUACGCUCAAGGCGGCUUACAACAUGACAGGAUUUACAUAAUUACAAGAUUACAUAAUUACAAAUAUAGCAGAAGUCAUAAACAAUAAAACACAUCAGAUGGAAACAAUUUCCACGUAAAUCAUAAGAUCUAAAACUAAAGAUACAACAAUAAUACCAAUAACAGCAAGGAGCGCUCAACCCUCCAUACCCCCCCCCCAAUAAACAUAGUCGUACCUCGGAAGUCAAAUGGAAUCAGUUCCAGAAGUCCAUUUGACUUCCAAAGCGCAGCUUCUGGUUGGCUGCAGGAAGCUCCUGCAGCCAAUCAGAAGCCGCCAAAGUCCCAUUGGGCGGUCGGCUUCCAAAAUAAAGUUCAAAAGCCAGAACACGCACUUCCAAUUUUCAAUCAUUUGGGAGCCAAAACGUACGAGUUCCAGGGCGUUCAAGAACCAAGGUACGACUAUAUAUACAUAUGUGUAUAACUCGUAUCCAAACUUCUUGGUCGUCCAGCUUUGGAUUUUCAACCAAAACACCCAGGUUCUUUUGAAAACAUGCAUCUUGAAAGCAAAUCUCACAGAAUGUGGGUUUCCCUUUGAUUCAGAAUUGUGGUCUGUCGUAAUCUAGUGCCUCUUUGCUCCUCUGUCGCUCUUGGCAGCUCCGUGCCAGAAACGUGGAGGGCAGAUUUCGUGGCUGAGUCAGAGGAGGCCAAGCGCCGGCUUGGAGACCUGAAGGAGAGCAUUGAGAACCAUGGCAGCCUGGCUUCAUGUAGCAGGUGAUGGGAAAGUGGUAUUGGUGGGGGCAGUGAGAGAUCCCAUGACCCUUCCGCAAACGUCUUCACUAUCUGUGGUUCUCUCUUCUUCUGUUAUUUUAGAUAUGUUUGUCAAUGGGGCGGGGUAGCCCAGGGCAGGCCAUACGUCAAGGGGCUCGAGGAUUUCGGUGUCAAGGUCCUACAGGAUGUAUGGGAAUGCCUCCGGCGCCAGUUUAUAGAGGUAAGGCCUGAAAAAAGCAAAGACUGGGCAAGCGUGUUUGGGUUUUUUCUUAACGGACUUUUUGAGUGGAGGGAAGCUUGUUCCCAGCAGUUAUGUCUACAAGCAUCCUCUGUAACGGUGAGUUUAUGGAGUGGGACGAGUUCCCCAAUAUCCCCCUUCCCAACAUCAUCAACAACAUGCCCUCCAGCAAGAAAUAUAAUAUGUUUUGAUCUCAAGGUCGUGAGUUCCAGGUGAAAAGCUUCCUGCAUUGCAGGGGGAUGGACUAAAUGAGUAAAGAGAGAAAUGUAAUGGAGGCUUUUCAGAGGCACAGUGAAGAACAUCAACCACUCUUGCAAAUUUUUAUUUCAUUUUUUGAAACACUGCAGUUUGAAGCCACGGGUGUUUGUUUUUAAACUAAUCACCCUUGGGUGCCUGUCUGCCUUUCUCCUCAUUCCCAUCCCUGCUUUACCCCCCAGGGAGAUGGCUCCACUCUUGCCGAUGAUGAACCAGAAAAGGAGGAAGAAAUUGGCCUUCAAGACUCUUUCCAGGAGUUGCAGCAGAGGAGGUUUUGUGCCCGGGCAAAACUCGUCCAUGCUGUGGCUGCCCAGCUGCGUGGAGGAAAGCUCUGUAUUGUGAGCGGAGAGCCUGGCCAGGGGAAGACUGUCUUCCUGGUAAAUAAAGGAAGCGAGAUUUGGAGGUGGGAAGGCAUCACUAGAUGCUAACAGUGAACUCGAUUCUCAAAGUGUGUAGGUAGUCAGAACACCAUCCAUGCACCAAGAAGAUACAUUCACAGGGUUGGGGAAAUGCCUUGGUUUGAUGUAGUACAAAAAAAGAGUGUUUAAGAACAAUAAACCAAAAAAUGCUGAAGGGGAGGACCUCAAAAUGUCCUAACAAGACCUGAGCAUGUUCAUUGAAUGCUGGGUUGGGAAUGGAGUGGAGACUGGGUUGCUAGAGGAACUGGAACAGAACGGCCUAGCAAAGGCCGGCAGUCAGGCUGGCUAGAAACUGCUGGUGUGGUUAGCUACCUUUUAAAUUAAAUUAAAUUUUUGUUUAAUGCUCUUUUCAAGCAGCAGUAAAGCUUUCAUCAAAAGAGGGUCAGUGUUUAAGAGGGUUGGACUAGGACCUCACAGACCAGAGUUCAAAUCUUGCACUUGGCCCUGAAAGUUCACUGGGUUGACUUUGAGUCAGUCACCUCCCCUCUUUCCCUCUUCUCUUUCGGCCUAACCUCUACCUCACAGGGUUGUUGUGAGGAUAAAGUAGGGAGGAGAAAACCCAUGUUUAUCACCUUGAGCUGCUUGAAGGAAAGGCGAGAUAUAAAUAAAUUAAUAAACCUGAGAGCUGAGGGAAUAGUGACUUCUUCAACCCACGGAAAGCACAUAUUUGUCAUGACUAAGGUAUUUGAGGGCAGAAACUACUGGAAGUUUAUAGAAGAUUCAGGAAUGUACUGGAAGACUCUGGAAGGUUCACAUUGUUUUGACUAACUCAGGGUCACGUGGAGCCAAGAGAGAUAAAUUUCUGGGCUCAGCGAGCUGCUUUAUCUCUUUGCUCUCUUACUCUGCAUAUGCAUUGUAUGGAACGAAGUUUUUGCCUCAGUAAAGUUUUUCUUUUACUGUAGAUCUUUGACACUCUGCAUGGUUCCUUUUCAUUUACUGCGAGACACUGCUGUUUGUCAAUAUUAGCAUGGAAUAAAAGCUAGGAGAAUGAGUUAUGGGGUCAACACUGGCCAGGCCUGAUUUGGCUCGGCUUGGACCUGUUGCUGAAUCCUUCUCUUCUGCUGUCUUCCUUUUACCUCAGGCGGCCCUUUCCCAGGUGCUCAGAGCGAAGACCCCACUGCAGAAAGAAGACCCUGAUCCCAGUUACCACGUCGUGACCCACUUCACCCAAGCCCGGCCCGAUCAGGCCGAAGCCCAGGUCAUGUUGGGUCACCUGUGUGCCCAGCUGAGGAAAUUGCUGGUGCAUCCUCCAGCCCCACCCAAAAGCUACAGGUUAGCAUGGCGGCCAUUUUGAGGAGCCUGGUUUAUCAGGGGUGAUGUUGCUUCACCUGCAAGCUUCUGCGUAAGGGAAUAAGAGGGCUGCUCUGUUUCCUUUCAGGGGGCUGGUUGGCCAGUUUGACUCCCUCCUCCAUUCUGUGGCCCUGUCUUUGAAGCGACGCCAGUCUCUGGUGGUUUUGGUGGAUGGCGCUGACCUUACCUACACGGCCGGUGGGCAGCUGGUUUCUGAUUGGCUGCCUGAGGAGCUGCCCCAGGUGAGCUUUAUAGCUACCCUUACCUGUGUGUGAAUAUAGCGUGCAUCCUUUCCCACCAGCCACAUACAGAUGAUGGCCCAAAGUUCCCUUGCACCUGCUCUUUGCAUGAACCUUCUGUCUUUUCUCUGACUCUCCCUGCAGCGAGUUAGCCUUGUCCUCAGCGUCUCUGAGGAAUCUGUACUCCUUGGGUCUCUCAAGCGGCGGAAGGAUGCCUUCUCCAUUCCCCUUGGACCUCUGGACCCCCCUGACCGAGUUGCCAUGGUCCGCAAAGACUUGGCCUUGUAUGGCAAAAAGUUGGAGGAGUCGGCUUUCAACAACCAAGUAAAUGGAAAAAUGAAAUGUUGUGUUUGGGGGUUGAAUUAUUUGAUGGUGUGGUCUGGAAAGCUAUAAGUAAUCUGUGUAAAUUCUGGGACCUGGACUGUUCUGCACAAGUGCGGGAUUUAAAUAUCAGUUGUAGGAUUCCAUGCCCAGGGCUGUUCAGCCUUUUCCUUUUGCUUAAGUUACUAGUCCUCAUGGAACUGAAAACAUGUGGGCAAUUCCUGGUAUGAUUUUGGAAAGAAAUGCAUGUGUUGGGGUUAAAGAGAAGGAAGGAUGCUGUUCUAAUGAAAGUUUAUUGCUUGCUUGCUUUUCCCCAUGUAACAUGGGUAAAGCACAUGCAGAACUUUGCUCCUUGAACCGUGUUCACUCUUGAGCACCACCUAUAACCCAGUGCAGGUUCCAGAUCAGCUGCGAAGUGGUUGGUCUUUGCUUAUUGCUCCACCUGUGUUUCUUCUUGAUUAUUGAGAAAGAAGCAGGGAAAAAAGGAGUGGUUUUCCUGGGCUAUUCAGAGCCAGAGGAUGGCCUAGUAGUGGCUGGAGAACUACCGAGUCCUGGAUUCAAAUCCCGACCCUGCCAUGUAACUCUCUGGGUGACGUUGGGGCUAGCCACUGUCUCUCCUUGGCCUAACCUACCUCACGAGGAUGGUUGCGAGGAUAAAAGGGGGCUCCCUGGAGGGACGGUUGGGGUAGAACGCACUAAAAUGUUGUGCCCGUGCUUCUCCCCUUUCCCCCUCCAAUGAUCAAUACUCCAGUGAUUGGAAUGUAAAUGGGGAGCCUUUUUUAGAUUCAAGGGCCGCAUCACUACCUGGACAGUCUCCCGGGGGCCCACAUGCCACUGGUGGGCGGGGAAAGUGGGCGGAGCAACAUAUGUAAAUUUUACAUGUUGUAUAGUAGGCUGGUUCAUUCACACAAUCACAGGUUCCUUUCUGUAGGCAAACAAAGGACAUUACUGGAGUUGAAGCACACAUUUUAGCUAGGCAAAAACACCCAGAGGGGCUGGUGAAGGCCCCAAGGGAUAAAUAGAAAGGCUUGGGGUGCUGCUUUUGUGGGGGCUGGGGGCUGGGGCCUGAGGUUGUCCCCCUGCCCAAGUAGAGGAUGCUUUGAGACUCUUGAUUCUGCCUGUUUCCCUACAGAUGCGGCUGGUGCUCCUGAAGCGAGACUCCCGGCAACCUUUGUACCUGACCCUGCUGACUCAGGACCUGCGGCUCUUUGCCCUGUAUGAGAAGGUGAGGCAGCUGUUGAGACGGAUCAUGGGUUGGGGAGGAGGAGGAGGAGCGACAAGGCAUCGCAUGGCUCCAGACCUCAAGGGUCUUUCUGCACAGUUGGAUCAUAUGUUUCUUCUCCUUCCCCCUCCUCCCCCCUUAUCCACAAGCUCUCGGAGAGGAUCCAGAAACUGCCUGUGUCACUUCCUUUGCUGCUUCAGCACCUGCUGGGCUGCCUGGAGCAAGAUCACGGGGAGGAGAUGGUUUCUGUUGCCCUCGUGUGUCUCUGGGCCAGCAGAGACGGUAAGUCCCACGCGAGGGGGAAAUUCAACGGUGACAUUGGGCACAGGCCAGAGGCUAAUGGGCCUGUGAGGGCCACACCAGAUAUCCUCCCCGUGGUGCCAUUUGUGAUUAUUUGUGUUUGUGAUGGUCUCUGGGUGAUUGUCUGCUUUCGAUAAUUCCUCUACCUGUAAAUAUUUCAGGGAAGACACAUUGCUUUGUUUCCACUCUGAAAUCCUUCCAACUUUUCAAAUACCACAGAUGUGACAGGGGAGAGGGUGGGUUAUUGUGCUUCUGUUGCACUAUAGCACAAGAGAGUACCCCUCUAGACUUCAGCAAUGGAUUCACCCUCGCCAUCAUUUGGCUGGGUUGUCCCUGCCAUUCUGGACAGCUUCCAAUGCAUAAUAAUAAUAAAACCUAUAACGUUAAAAACUUCCUGAUACAGGGCUGCCUUUGGAUCUCUUCUAAAGGUUGCAUAGUUUUUUGUCUCCUCAACCUCUGAUGGGAGGGCGUUCCACAGGGUGGGCACCACUACCCAGAAGGCCCUCUGCCUGGUUCCCUGUAACUUCACUUCUCACAGUGAGGGAACCACCAGAAGGCCCUCAGAGCUGGACCUCAGUGUCGAGGCUUGGGAAGCAAUGUAGAAUGACAAACAAAAGCAGGAUGAUGUUUGGACAGUCUGGCGUAAAUCACCACUAAUGCACUAUUAUCAGCAAAAUCCACCCGUAAAACACACACACACACACACACACACACACACACACCAGUCUGCAGGGUCCUACUGUGAUGUAUCUGAGGCAGAGAUGGCCAGUGUUUCUGAUUAUAUUUAUCUGAUGGCCUGCCUUCCAGUUAAAUGGUUCUUAGAGUAGCUUACAGGUUACUUUGUCCUCUGGUUGUUGCAUGGGGCCAGGUCAUGUUUCUCUUCAGCUCUACAACCCCAGAGCAGGCAACUUCCAGUUGGAUCUGAGUGUUCCUUCUAAUGCAGGAAUAUGCAGCUGUCUCAUACAGGGAUCGAACUUGCAACCUUGGCAUUACCAGCACCAUGCUUUAACCAACUGAGCUAUUCAGGUUCCAGUGGCACUUGAUCUACAUCAGGCCAGUUGUUGGGGGACGCUGGGAAUCAUAGGCCUGGAGGGCGCAGAUUCCCCCGCCCCUGGGCCUACUCUUAGAUAGAUGACUGUGGUCGUGACCCUCUGCAGGUCUAAUGGAGCGAGAUCUCUACACCAUCCUUGCUGACUUGAAGGACCUGAAUGGGACUGACUUCACCAUGGAACACGCCAUCUGUGUCGAAAGACAAGCCAGGAGCCAUCCCAUGGCCCCCUUCUUUGACUUCCUGCGGAGCCUGAGGGGGUGAGUAGUGAUAUUAAAUUCCCCAGAAUAAUCUUUUGGAGAAUAUUUUCGAGAAAUGGAUGCUUCUUUGAGGGGUGGGGUAUAUAAAUCAUCAUCAUCAUCAAUAAUUUAUUAUUAUUAUUACUAUUAUUAUUCCUGUCAUUGGGGAGUUGAGACUCGGGCUCCCAUCCUUGGCCCUGGGUGGAGAAUACUAUCCAAGCACAUUUAGGUAGUUUUUGAGAGCAAAAAAUCCUGGCUUUGUUUUUGGGGAGCACUGGGUUUAUCACUCUCUGCUGUUACCCCACAGCUUGCUUGGGGCAUGUGGCUCCCCCGCAGGGCCUUCAGGCUCUCGGCUGCAUCUCUCCAGCGCCCCCUUGAGGAUGGCAGUAGAACGGCGCUAUCUGAAGAAUUCAGGCUUGGACUACACAGCUCAUAUGCUCUUGGCAGGUAACCCUUCUCACCUUUUUGGUACUAUGGAAUUAUUGGUCUUUGGCUGUUUCUUUCUUUUUUUAAUCAGCGGGUUGAAAUGAGCCACCUUUCAGCAGACCUUGGUAGUACUCCAACCAAUCUCUAGGUCGCAGCCGGCUCAAUAGGUCAGCAAGGGGUGUUGCAGUUCAGCCAAGUGGCCUGUAGUGGGCGCUAACAGAGAAGUUGUCUCGGAUCUCUUUUUUUCUUACAGCUCAUUGGUGGAAACUGGUAGGCUUGGACGAUUCCUGGAACCAGAACUGUGAGGCAGAGGCCUUGAUGGCCCUCCCCUAUCACAUGGUAAGUGAUGACUCUGCUAGCCAUUGACGACGGGGGAACUAGGAGGCCAUGUUGAAUAAUAUUGAGAUUGGAGAAGCCAGUAUAAGUUGCAUUUUCAGCUGAAUUUAGGGAAGCCACUUGAAGCAUCGGUUGUUGAGCUAUCUCAUUGAUUCUUUUGUUUGAUUUGCUCAUUGCAAACAGCUCAAAGUCUGUAAAUAUUGAUAAUAAACCUGAUUUGCAAUGGGAGUUGAAUAAUUUUGAUUGCAACUGUAGAUCUCAAGAUUGGGGUGGGGUGGGAUGGAGAGACUUGAGAAUAGAGCUGUUGUAUGGAGGUGUGGAUCUGAACUGUAUCCUUCAGCGAAAUGAACAUCCUCCCAUUUAUUUAUCAAAAUUAUUUGUAUGCCACCCUCUUGCAAAACCUGAGAGUGGUGUGCGGCAACAUAAACCCUUUAAAAGCAAUAAUUGAUCUCCAUUGUGGAAGGAAUUUUGAUCCUCAACCUACCUAUUCCAGUCACCCAGUCUUUUUAAAUGCAGUUAUUAUUAGCUUAGUGCCUAGAACUGUCAAGAAAAUUUUUGAGAUCUGCAGAUGCCUUCUUAAACCACAACUCUCUCGUCCAUUAGGCCCAAAGUGAAAACUUUGAAGUGCUGGGUUCUCUGCUGACGGACCUGAGCUUUGUGAGCGCUCACGUCCGGCUGGGUCUCCUCCACAGCCUCUCUGAGGCCUACGCACUCUAUGGUGAGCCACUGAUGCCCCCUAGUGGCUGGAAUUGGGGUAGCAGUUCAUAACGUGCCAUUGUCCCCUGUUGGAUUAAAGGUUUGGAGAUUAAGCUGCUCUCUUCCUGACCGAGAUGAGAAAUUUGCAGGCUGGGUAUUGGCAAAGCUGCUCCUGGGCUGGGCCAAAAUGUAAGGCAGCACUGCGGAAACGCGAAGGGUCGUUUCAGGUCAAAUGGGCAUACUGAGAUUUGAAUUCAUCCAGUCCGCCUCCAUUGAAAAAGGAUUCUUUGGCCUUUUCAGAGACUGCGUCUGACUUGGAGGUCGAUGAGACUGUGAGGACCUUCCGGGCCUUCCUGCAAAGAAACAUGAGGCUGCUUUCCCAGAAUCCUCUGCUGCUUCUGCAGCAGGCAGCCAACGAACCGCACGGCUCGUCGCUGUGUGUUCAGGCUAUGAAUGAGCUCAUUGAAAACGGGAGGCCUAUCCUGAAAUGGGCUAACAAGCCCCAGGAAGCUCAGAAGACAAACAGGUAAUUCUGCAAAGUAUUUGCUGUAUUUCAUCUUUUCCUUUUUCUGUAAGACUCAUGGAUCUUGUUUGGAUUCUCCCUCUCACACUCCCCCCCCCCACCUCUGUUGCCCAACAGCCUUGUCCUGAGCCUGCCUGCCACUCCUUCUUGUGUCUCCAUUGCCCCUUCUGGAAAGCUGGCUGCUGUGGGCACUGCUGAUGGAAUCCUGCACCUCCUGGAUGUAGAGACUGGGCAGGUAAAAACCUGGUUUGAUGUGUCCCACUUAAUAGCACCCCCUCACAUAACACACACCAAGUAACUGCCAGGCCUAAAUUGCCGCUUUGCGGAGAACCUAAAAACCACUGGUCCAUCUUGUCUGCACUUGAUGGGCUGCAGUUAUUCAGGGCUUCAGACAGUGGCAUAGCCAGCCAGGGGAUGCUGGGCCCUUCUGCAUUUUCUACCUGUGAGCCCAGGAGCUUGAUUGACGUGUGUGUGUGUGUGUGUGUGUGUGUGUGUGUGUGUGAUGGUUUACAAAGACUGUUCUGAAGUUCUGACGUGCCCCACAUCCCUUCCCCAAAUACCUAGGAACUGAAGUCCUUGCUGAGUGCUUGUGAUGGGAUCUCAGCCUGUGAGUUCUUGUCGGAGGUAACGGUCUGCCUCGGGGCCUUCAAUGGACGCUUGGAGCUGUGGAGCCUGAGGGAAGGGUGCAGGUAAGCCUGUCCAAAAUGGUGGUCUGAGACGGCUCCAUAGCACAGAUGGUGAUAGCUGUUCGUUGUUUACCUGUGAGGCAAAAUGAGCAGCGAUGGUCUGACAUGAGGUUGGCCAGAGGGAAAUGUCUCCCAUGGAUCUGUAGUGCUGGAACGGCAGGCAGGGCACGCAGAUUUAGAUGUUCCUGACAAGGAUCUGGCAGUCCACGUGCCAAUUAAUGGCAGACCCAGGAACAACGUACGUUGCAAGUUUCUUCCCUCAUGACGUGUGUUUUUCUUUCCGUUAUCAACAUCCAGGUGGUGUUUAAAAACAUUCCUGGUCACCCAAGGAUUUGAUGUUGAGAAUAAUAAUAAUAAUAAUAAUAAUUGAUUAUUUAUACCCCGCCCAUCAGGCUGGGUUUCCCCAGCCACUCUGGGCAGCUCCCAACAGAAUAUUAAAAACAUAAGACAUCAAACAUUAAAAACUUCCCUAAACAGGACUGCCUGCGUCAGUGUCUCCGACACAGAGAGAGAACGAAAGCAACAGCAAACAUAAACAUCCUGUGAACAGGAAAAUACGCAGACUCUGUGACUCACAGCCUGCUCCCUUUUAAGGUGGAAUGGAAAUAUCCUAACAUCGAGGUGUCUAUUUCCUUGACAUCUGGUGGGAGGGCUUUCCCCAAGGUGGGCACCACUACCGAGAAGGCCCUCUGCCUGGUUCCCUGUAACCUCACUUCUUGCAGUGAGGGAACUGACGGAAGGCCCUUGGAGCUGGACCUCAGUGUCCGGGCAGAACGAUGGGGGUGGAGAUGCUCCUUCAGGAGCAGCUGAGGCUGUUUAAAAUGUAUUUAUUUUUAUUUAUUCAUUCAUUAGAGUGGGAUAGAAAUUUUGAGGAGAGCAUUCCUGGGUCAGGCCGAGUCCAGCAUCCUGUUCUCCACAUUGACCAAAUAGAUGCAUGGCUCUGGGAAGUUUGCAAGCAAGACCUGAGGAUAAUCGAAUCCAAAAUGGCUGCUGUAGCUAAUUUGCUAAUUCUUAAUUUUUCCAGUAUCUUCCAUCCUGCUUCUUGCUUAAUAUUGCUUGACUAGCUCAGCUGGGUGCCAGCUUUAAGUGACAUGUUCUUCUUUUCGUUUUGCUCGCGGGGUGUUUAGGCUCAUGGGCACAGAUUCCCAUAAGACCCAGAUCACGGGUUGCUGCACCAACGCUGGCUGCAAGCUGCUCGCGACUGUCUCCCUGGAUGGCCACCUCAAGGUAUUUGCUCUCUUCCAAACUUUUCUUUCCAACUUGUUUCUGUCCCAGCUUUGAGGGGGAUGACGGCCAUUUUGACAAAGGCCACAUGCUAGAGCACUGGUUUGAAAAGUUGAAGAAUUCUGGAAACUGUAGUUUAAGAGUGCUGAGAGUUGUUAGGAGACCCCUAUACACCUCACAGAGCUACAAUUUCCAGAAUCCCCUGGGAAGGUGGAUUGAUUGAUAAACCACUCUGGGGAUUAUAGCUCUACCAGCAGUUUACUUGCAUUAUCAAGGUAUUGGGGGGGGGGCAAAUUCUUUCAUGUGGAAGUAAUUACAGAACGCUUCCUUAAAGGAACGGGGAAAAUUUAUGGAUUGGCAAUAGUGACACAUUUAUUUUUUAACAGGGAAGGAAUCCUUUUACGAUGCAGUAGCAAUAGCACUUGUUUGUAAUUUUCUUUUUCAGCUCUGGGAAUCUACUCAUGGUCAGCUGACACAUGAACGAGACUGCUUGUGUCCUUUGAACUGUGUGGCCUUUCACCCCGAGGGUCAAUUGGUCGCCACCGGAGGGUGGGACAGAACUGUCACCGUCCUGGAUGCUAAUGAGAUGAGUGUGACCUCGGUGAGGAAGGGGGAAAUAUUCUAAAUAUUGUUGGUUAGGGGUGGGUUAAAGAGAUCAAGACAAUGAAAACAGAGGCAGCUUUCAGAUUUAGUCUAUUUCAGAGAUGGGAGAAUCUGUGAUCUUCAGAUGUUGCAGAACUCCUAUUAGCAAAGUCAUUUAAAUAACACAGCUGGAGUCUGGAGAGAAAAGUCCUGAUAACACUUGACUGAGGAAAAUGAACAAAGCAGCAUAUAAUUUGAGAAACAGAAAAUAGGGAGACAUUCAGCCAAAUAUACAGGGGAAAACUCUCUCAGAACUACACAGCCAAUCAGAGCAUGUGCUACCUCACUAGAAAUCAUGCCAGUCUGCUAAGUCUCCUCCGUACCUGGUUAGCUGUCUUAUUGAUAACAGAAUUAACCUUUAAGUUACAAAUUGAAGCAUCCCUGCUGUUUCACUUCUGACAACCACAACUCCCCUGAUUGCCUCUGCUGGCAGAAGGGGCAGAUGAGAGUUGCACUCCAGCCACAUCUGCUGAGUCACAGGUUCCCCAUCUUGAUGCACCUCCUACAGAACGGAGCAGCUUUUUUGACUCCUGUUUCCCCUUACAGGUGAUGAAAGGCCACGAUGCCUCCAUCCAUUCCAUUUCCUUCUCCUCGGCUGGAAAUGUUUUGGCAGCAGGAACCCUGAUGGGAUCUGUCCAUCUCUGGUCGUGGCAGGAGGCUGUUGUCUUGAAAACAUUCUCAAGUCACUCGGGUUGUGUCUCCGUUGCUCUGUUCCUCCCAGGGGGCGAACUGCUCACAGCAGGAGAAGAUUGCAAGGUGGUAUUAUUACUAAUAAUAAUAAUACUGUAUUGAUUGGGAAUGGGUGGAAUGUUGGGAAGAAGUAUAUGGAGAGUUGGGUGUAUCCUUUCCAGAAUCUUGGGAAUUGUAGCUCCAUGGCGUGGUCACUCCUAACAAACUACAGUUCUCAGGAUACUUCAGGGGGGCAGCAGGGAAGCUAUGACUGUUCAUACAAGGUGUGACCGGAAAGUUCGGUGAAUGGUCACAGAAAUCGGACAGCGAGAAAUAUUCAAACGUACAUUCAGCAUUGGAAACCCACAAAAUGCUCACAAUUGUGCAUGAAGAUGAAGCUGUAACUUGAAAGGCAGUGUGUGAGUGGUUUAAGCAUUUCUGUGAAGGGCGGCAAACCAUCGAAGAUGACCCCCGGUCUGGCAGACCGUCGACGAGCAGAACGUAGGCAAACUUCGACAGAGUUCGUGAGUUAUUGAUGUGGGAUCGGCGUUUGUCUGUUCAAAUGAUGGCGGAAGAAUUGUAUAUUCUGUGUGAAAUCAUUACUGAGGUUACUGAGUUGUCCCACCCUCCAUAUUCUCCCCAUCUGGCCCCACCAGAUUUCUUUUCCCCCAAAACUGAAAUCUGCACUGAAAGGGCACAGAUUUUCCAACAUUUCACAUGUCCAAAGUGCUGUGACAAGGGAACUGAAAGCAGUACGAAAAGAGGACUUCUCCAGAAGCUUUCAACAGUUCUACGGACGUUGUCAAUGAAGCAUUGUAUCAGAGGGGGCCUACAUUGAAGGCCUGUAAGGCAUGUACAUUUGAAUAUUUCUCGCUGUCCGAUUUCUGUGACCAUUCACCGAAUUUUCCGGUCACACCUUGUAGAAUCACAGAAUUACAGAGUUGGAAGGGACCCCUGAAGUGUUUAAGUGGGAUAAUAGUGCUUUAAACAGUGUGGAUGCGGCCACUGAAGAGAGAGUGUGUGUUAACAUUGCAGGAGGGAUCGCUUCUCAGUAUGACGUGUGCAUGUCUUUGUGCCUAGCAUAACUGACUUUGUGCGUUCUGAGUUGCAGGUCCAGCUUUGGGCAGGUCACCAGGGGCAACUGUGGAGUACCUUGCGGUCAGGAGUCUCCUCCCCAGCUCUGUGCACUGCAGCCAAUCCCGAUUGCAGCCGCUUGGCUGUGGGGCACCAUUCGGGAGACCUCAAGGUCUUCAUACAUCUUUGGCGUACGUUUUGCAUUUGUCUCCUUAAGCCAUUUGAAUCCUCGACGAAACCCUGCGGCCUCCCAUAUGUUGUUGGAUUUCCGCUCCCAUCAGCCUUGGCAAGAGCAGCCCGGUGGUCAGGGAAUAUGGGAGGUGCAGUCCAGCAACAUCUGAAGGGCACCAUAUUGGCUGUUCCUGGUGUUAAUAAUAAUAAUGAUGAUGUAUAUGCUGCCCAUCUUACUUGGUUCCCCAGUAAGAAUUGCUACCCAGGUGCAAUUCUAUCCUGGAGGACUAGUCUUCAGCGCUCCCAAGUUCUUCCAUUUUAUUUCUUUCUCUCUUAGACACUCCACUGACCCACUGUGCUGCAACGGGGGUUGCUUUCUGUAGCCUGGCCUGGCUGGACAGCCUCCACCUGGUUGGGGGCAGCAGCGACGGGUCCCUGUACGUCACAAACACCUCCCAGUUCAGCCGCCUUUGCCUCCAUAAGCUGCAAGGCCACAAAGGAGCCGUGACAGGCCUCGCCGUCUUCGAGAAGCUGGUGGCGUCGGUGUCAGGUGAUUUAGAGAAGAAGCCCCUGGUGGGAGGCGUUACGUUGCUUGCCUUUCUCCAUCCUUGCCUCUCCUUAGGUCUUCAGCCAGAAGCUGUGGAUGAAAGGAAGGGAGAGUUUGGGCUGGAUAAUGCAGGGGUUGAUUUAGACGACCUAAGUAGCUUCUCUUUUGCCUUGCAAACUGCAUGACAGUGGAAAGAGAGAGGGAAGCUUGUAGUAAGAGGCAGAGCUGAUGCGGGCUUUGGGCUUAGGCUCCAGUUAUCAUGUGGGCCCAUUGUGUCCCCCCCCCCGUGUGAAAAACCUUGGCGAUCCACUUUCAGUCAUUGCAGGACUACAUUGAGUUUAGAUGGACCCAAUACAGUGGUACCUCGCAAGACGAAUGCCUCGCAAGACGGAAAACUCGCAAAACGAAAGGGUUUUUGGUUUUUUGAGUUGCUUUGCAAGACGAUUUUCCCUAUGGGCUUGCUUCGCAAGACGGAAACAUCUUGCAAGUUUGUUUCCUUUUUCUUAAAACCGUUAAUACAGUUGCGACUUGACUUCGAGGAGCAACUCAUAGCACAUGGUGUGGUAGCCUUUUUUGAGGUUUCUGAAGACUUUGGUGAUUUUUGAAGCUUUUCCAAAACUUUUCCGACACCGUGCUUCGCAAGACGAAAAAAACCGCAAGACGAAAAAAUUAAUUUCGUCUUGCGAGGCACCACUGUACUCUUGAUAAGAGCUUCUUAUCUUCCUCCAAUUCCUUCCUUCCUUUUUUUCCCUCUCCCUCUCCCUCUCCUGUUGUAUUCUGGCUAUACCAGCCUACUCGAGAACUGCUUGUGUUGAGAUUUUUCCAGAGCCUAGGAAGUGAUUGGUGCCUCAGGGAUGGGUGCCCCUCCCUGGCUUGCUUCUGCACUUUCUAGAGUAGGCCUUCAAAAAGUUGGCUUUCUUUGCUGGCCCAGUGACUUGGCUGGUCAUGAAAGUGGACCAACUUCUAUCGGAGCAACUAGGGCCCUGCAUUGUCAAAGUCUGUGGGGAGAGCAAAGGCCAGAGACCUAGACGGAAGCAGCUUGCUGCAGUCGCCAUGUUGUUAGGGGUGUCCAUGGCAAAGGAGAAACUGGCUGCACAGCCCUGUCUUCCAUCUGGGUCAGUGAGGACUGAGUAGAGUCCCGAGGGUCAGACAUAGAGGACUGGAGGCCUCCCCUCGUGAUCCCUCAGUCUGAGGCCACCAUUCUUUCACCAGAAUUUCCCCCCUCAUAUUCUUUUUCUCUUUUCUAGAGGAUUUCACUGUCCAGCUGUGGCUUUCAGAGACUCUGAGACCAACAGAUCCUGCUGCAGAUGCUGACAUCCUGCCCCUUGCUGUCCUCCGGGGUCACACCGGGGGGGUUACAUGCUGCGCCUUCAGCCUUGACGGCCGCUACCUUGCCACGGGAGGCAAAGACCGGGUGAGUAAGGCAGCCUUGUCUCAAGGACAGGGCUCUUCCGCAAGGCCCACAGAGCUUCCUUGAUCUUCCCCUCGCAAAGCAUACCUCCGAAUAGAUGUUGAUAUGCGCUCAAAGCAAUUGUGUGGCUCAGCUGGUCCAACUAAUAUCUCAUUCGGCAAGCCUGUGCACCAAACGAGAUGCCCCAGAAACCUUUGCAGGAUACUUCUUGGCAGAGGAGAUGCUGUGGCAGAGGCAGGAAACCCUUUUAAGCCUAAGGGGGGUCACAUUGCCUCCGAGGCAACUUUUUGAGGGCCACAUGCCAGAGAUAGAAGUGAGCAGAGCAACAGAUGUGAAUUUUGCCUCUUGUGCAGUGGGCAAGUGUCUGUACCCAUGCACCCCGCUCCUUCCUACAUCCAGUCCGGCAAGCGGCACUGUCAGAGUUCAGUGACACACAUUCCAGUCAGGCAAAAAUACUCAAGGGAGGGUAUAGAGCAGAGACAUGGAGUGGGCAUGGCCUGAGGAGAGUCCUGAGGGCCACACAGAAAAACCUAGAGGGCCGCAUUUGGCUUCCAAGCCAGAGGUUGGUCAUCCCUGUGAUAUGAAAAGGCAGAAAGGGGGGGGGGAUUACUGCUUUUGGAGGCGGAGCAGAGUAAGGAACAAGGUAAGAGACUGGUGUAAUGUUAACAAAAGGUAGGUUCUUAUUUUAUUUUUUUCACUGUGUUCUGUGUUUCAGGCGUUGUUUCUCUGGGAUGUCAGGGACCCCUCCCAGAAGACCCCUUCCCUCUGGCGCUCCAUGCUUUUCUGCCACCAGGACUGGAUCUCCUGCUGCGCCUGGGCAGGCCCCAUGUUGGUGAGUUUGGACGGCCACCGCACGGAGUAGGUGGGUAGGUGGGCUUUUCAUGCACGAAGAAUCCCAGAAAUGGAGGGGGGAGGACCAAAGAGAGCCAGCUUACGACCCUUCCCAAAGGUCAGGUCUAGGCACCCACCUAUUUAACCUAGCAGCUCUUUGCAGUAGCUCAUUCUGCAUGCAGUUGGCUCCUGCAUGCAAUGAGUGGGGAGGAAAGCUAGUGUUUGGGCACAAGGGAAGCUAACAAGCUGCUUUUGGGUUGUCUUGGACUCCCAGCUCUCAUCAGUUGCAGCCAGCAGGGCCAAUAGUGGACAUUUAUUAUUUGGAUUCAAAGGAUGGGAAAAGGCAGAAAUUUCAAUUCUGACCUGUAUUCAUCAUACUUGUCACCAUUUCCAUUACGAUGCAGUUUGGUUUCUGCUAAACACUACGUGUCUUCUGUUAAACAUAAAUUACAAAACUGUCUAUAUAACUUACGUAACUUACAUUUAUUUGAGUGUCAAAAUGAUGGCAAAAAGUCAUCAAUUACAUAUCCAUUGUGGACUUCCAAACAACGUGAAUGAAUCCCAUUUGACUCAUUUCUGUUCCUGACAACAGGCAGACAUGUGAAUUGCAGCAUUUGUUCACUUCCUUUUCUACGUUCCUCUGAAUUCUCUGGCAUCCCUAGGCCCCGGAGCAGGCACCAGUGAAGGGCCCUUGUCAGGGUGUUGGGAGGGUGGCAGCUGCCCCAAGGAUGCUAGGUGCUGAUACUGGCCUUGAUGUGUUUGGUACCCUGGUGAUAACUUGCCGGCUGAUUAAUUGGAACAUCUGAUUCCUCCUGUCAUCUUCCAAUGGGGAAACUGAGGUGGUUGGGAGUAUCACCCACAGCAGGUCUCCUAAAUCUAGCAGCCUCUGAUGUACAUCCCACCAUUUCUAACUUCCUGCCUGUCCUUUGCAUUGUUCCCCACACAGCUCACUGGCUCCAAUGACUGCACCGUCUGCCUCUGGGAUCCCAAAACUGGCCAGCGCCUCCAGGAAUUUCUGGGCCACCAAAGCCCAGUAUGCAGUGUCAUGAGUGAGGUAGGCAAUAGAAUCCUUCUGAGGCUUCGUCCUUCAUUUUCCUACCUUGGCCCUAGACGCUUUCCUGAAUUCUGCAAAGCACGCUACGUUGGGCUUUGCGGAUUCUAAAAUGAAGAGGCGGCAAGUCACAGAACAUCCUCUUCUUCAUCUGCCUGAAAUGGCACCUGAGGGGACAAACCAGAUGUCGCGUUAAAGACAUGUUUGCUUUUAAUGUGCAUAUUUUUCUGGGUGGGGCUGGAGGGAGUUGUACUCCAAAACCUCUGGGGAGCGCCAGGGUGGGUGAAGGCUGCAAAUAGCAACGGCGGUGGGUGGGAGAAAAACCUAUCUAGGUUGCCUUCUCUUCCCCUCCUGAAGAGAAUCCCUCCUUUUUUGGAAAAUGCCAUAUUUGCAUUGGGAGGAAAUCUCCCACAGAUACCAGCCGCCACAGCGAAUCCUUACAUUAAAAAGCAAAAACAAAGAAACACUGCUGUACAGGUUAAAUCAGAGCAUUGCAGAGUUGGAAGGCACCAGGAGCUGGUUUAUCUAGUGCAGCCCCUGUCAGUGCAGGAAUCUCUUGUCCAGCGUGGGCCUGAGAUAUCCCAGCUGAGUACAGAUACAUCUUACCAUCUUGCAUAGUUUGGCCUUGAGUGUCUUAUAGAUGCCGUUAAAAAAACCUCAGUGCUGUUCCCAGGUCCUCCCAGGUCCAUUCUAGUCUCCCCAACUCUAUUAUUGACCUUGUGUCUGUGGCCUAUCCUGCCUUGGCUCCCCUUUUUCAUCCUGGGUACCACAUUCCAUUCUGGGCAGGCUUCCUGGGGCCACAUGCCAGUGGUGAGUGGGGCCAGAGGCAAAAGUGGGUGGAGCAACAAAUGUAAAUGUUCCCCGCACAACGCCCCCUUCUCCAUCCAUGCAAGCAAGAAGCACUAUCAGAAUGCAAGGGCCUGUUCCAUCCAGGCAAAACCACUUGGGGCAGUGAAGUGAGGGGUGCGGCCUGCAGGGAGGAAUCCGACGGCCGGAUGCGGCCACUGGCCCUGAGGUUCCCCAUCCCUGCCUUAACUCUGUGCAUGGAACGCUUGUUGCAGUCGUCCUCUGGAUAAAUAUGCAUGGCCUUGGUUCAUCCCUUGCUGACUGCUACUCUUUCUGGUUCCUAUGACAGAAAGAACAUGUGUUCUCCGUGGGCAGGGAUGGGAUGCUGGUGGCGUGGAACCGACAGGGGCUGGAGAUGACUCGCUUCCUGGCUCACCCUGACCGGGCCAACCACUGUGCAGGCUUCAGCGAUCCACGUAAGAUACUUUAGCCACCACUUUUUGAAAAUCUGGGGAAGGGAAAUGAGCUCUGAAAUUCUGGUCUCCGUUACUUGACAGUAUGAUACAAAUGAAUCCAUGUGCAUAUUUGCAUUUAUUUUAGAUGAGGUUAAGGUUCACACGAAUAUGUACAAGUUUGAAUGCUCAAAUUGUUCACUGUCCAAGUAAGGUAUUGCAAGUAGCCCUUUCAAGACUGUAGAUAUGAGCUGUCUAGCAGAUUUUGAACUUGGUAAUGUAAGAAUACCAAGGUCUGACAGGGGGCUGUGGGUUGCUGAGGAGUUUGGCCUCUCUGAAGAAGCUUAGCUUAAUUACGUGACUGAAGACCUUUCUUUGGUUCCUGCAAAGUCACCUCCCCGUGAUAAAGUUGGCUGUUUUAUUUGCCAGUUAGAUGAGGAAGAUUUUAGUGAAUGUGGAAAUAAUAAUAAUUUUAUUAUUGGUCAGAUAUGAUUUUAUAAAUAGCCAGAAUUAAAGAAAACAUGUGAAAACAGAUUUUCAAAGUGGGGAAGUAUUGCCCUUAAAGUUGGGGAGUGAGGGGUAUUGUCACUUGGAACAGCUGACCUGCUUUUUGCCCUCUGCCCUACCUUCAUAAGCGUACUGUUAGUACAUUUCUUUCUUUUUUUUCUUUUCACAGGGGAAAAAGAGUUUAUUUUGGCUGCAGCCGGCGGUGAUGGCACAGUGAAACUUUGGAAGCCCCUGAAGGUAAGAGAUGGGGGGAAUAUGUGUGUGUGUGUGUGUGUGUGUAGAUUUAAUGUACUAAACUAACAUUUGCCAACCUUGUUCUCUCCAGAUGUUUUGACUACAACUCCCACCAGCCCCUAGCCAGUGCCCUGUGCUGUCUGAUGGGAGCUGUAGUCCAGAACAUCUGGAGAGAGCACCAGGUUGGCAAAGGCUGCCCUAAACAAAAAUGCCCUUGGAAAUUUGGCUGGUGAUUUGACAACUCAAAGACUCCGCAGUUACUUGUGUUAAGGGCAGCCUGUUAUCCAUAGUUGCCUAAUAAAUAUCUUAACGUUUACCUGUUAGGCUAUAUUCCCACCCACCCCAAAAAACAACCCACAACCUCUUGGCUACGCUUGUAAGGCUGGGCAAACCAGCCACAGCAGCAGUUUAAAUGUUUCCUAUAUCACCUCUUCUGAGGCUGUGUACCCAAUACACCUUUUAAAGCACAUUCCAAGCACACUCUUUCCCUCACAGUCUGGGCACAGUAGUUUACCCCUCACAGAGGGACAAGUCCCAGCAGCCCUUAAUAAACUACAGGGCCCAGAAUCCUCUGAGGGAAAGUGUGCUUGGCAUGUGCUUCAAAGGUACAGCUUGGGCACACCUUAGGCUUGUCUGCCUCUCACAAAUAGGGCAUGCAUGAGGGGAAAGUGACAAAAGUUGGCUCAACUUCAGAGCUGCUGGAACACUUACUGAGAACUCGGUUAGCAUAUGGCUUAAAGUCUUCUUACCUGAUGGAUCAACUUUUAGGUAUCAUUCUUGUUGGAUAGGAGCCAACCUGGUCUGCCCUGCACCUACACCAUAAUAAUCUCUCCCGCGUGGGCAACUCUUGGCACCUAGACCCAAGCCCUGUUCUGCCUCCCAGCUCCUUGCUCACUCGUUUCCUGUUUCCUCACAGCUGGCGGAACCUGACGUCUUCCCUGGCCACUGCGCUGCCAUCUGUGGGGCUGCUGCUUCCCCAGCAUCUUCCUCUUUCCUGACAAUAUCCAAAGACAACACAGUCCGAGUGUGGGCCGUCCCCAAGGAAAAGGGUUAGUAUCGGGGGGGGGGCUGCUCACAGCUUCCUGCUCUUCCUGCAUUUGUGGGUCAAACCAAAAGGUUGACUGGGUCAGAGGAGCCCAGUUGCUUGUGCUUUGCGUCCGUUACCAUCUGCCAUAUACCGAGGGAGGCCAUUGGUCCACCUAGCUCAGUAUUGUCUAUGUGCAUUGGCUCUGGGCUCUCCAGAAAUUCAGGCAGAUUCUUCCUAGCCCUCCUUGGCGAUUGAAACCGGGAGCCUUCUGCAUGCAAGCCAGUUAAACUUUCCCACUGAGCUUACAGGCCUCCCCACGCUUAAUGACCAAUUUGGGUGUGUUCAUUUGGUGUCAGCAUUUUGUGUCCACACAAUUAAACCAGCUGUGUUUGGAGUGGAGGGUGGAGAGAUUUCCAGCUGACCUCUCACGACGACACAUUGUGGCUCCACCCUUUCCCCUCACUGUGCACAUUAGGGUUGCAGAAACACCAUCCAUUUCAAGCACACAUCCCAAGAAUCCUGCGAACUACCCCCUCACAGAGCUACAAUUCCCAGUGCCCUUGACAAACUACGGUUCUCAGCAUUCUUGGGGAGAAGUUGCAUGUGUGCAUGUGACCAAAUACAUGUUUUAAAACUGCAAACUGGUUGGUCCCAGCUUAUCAUUUUCUUGCUGAGCCGUUUUCCCCCUUGCUCACCAGCAGGAGCCGCCAAAGACCUUCCCACUCACCAAGGUGCCGUCACGGCCUUGGCCUGGUCCCCCGAUGGGGACUUCGUUGCGUCUGGUGGGGAACACGGAGACCUGGUCCUCUGGCACAAAGCCAAGGCUGUGGAGAAAGUGAAGGUAAGCCCAAGGGCGCUGGACUCCCCAACAUCAUCUGAAGGGCCACAGCUUCCUCACCCCUCGCCUCUCCAGUGCCGGAAAGAAGGCUUGGAGGGAGAAGCCGCCACCUGGUGGCCAUAGAGUUGGAAUGGAUUCUUGAGGGUCAUUCAGUCCCAACCCCCUGCAGCGCAGGAAUCUUUUGUCCAUCGUGGAGCUAGAACCCACGGCUCCAAGAUUGAGAGUCUUGUGCUCUACCAACUGAGCUAUCCAAAUGCACCUUGGGCUUCGUCCGGCCCUUUGGUAUAGAAAACCGUUGCAUGAGUGGCUUCGCUUCUUUCACCAUCCAGGCUGGCCAGCGUUGCAUCAGUGCCUUAGCCUUCACUUCCACCCGCACCAUCCUUGUGGCAGCUGAUGGGAUCAGCCUCUGGUACAUAAGCAGGCAGCGCAAUGGAACCAUCAGGUAAGGUUGCACAAACCGUCCCAGGACUGCUGGGUCUCCAGUGUGAGCCACUUGUCCUGGGAGUGCCUGACUGCACAAUGGAGCUCUCAGCCCCAUAACCAAGAGAGAGCUCCUCCAGGCCUCUGCUUUUCCACAGCUGUGUCUCCACAGCAUGUCGCUGAUCCUGAGUUUUUUUUGUAUUCUUCUCUGUGUGUGUAUUUCUCCCUUUUCCCAUUGCACAGCUUGACCCGCAAGAAGUGCCUGCGCCAAGCAGAGGAGUCGUCUGCGCUCUGUGUGGGGGUGCUCAGGCCCAGCGGCCCCAUAGUCCUAGGGAUGGCCAGCGGAGACCUGCUGGUGCUGCAGCCUGGAGCUGAGAGCUUCCAGCAGAACCCGUGAGUUGGGAGAACAGUGGGCCUCGAGGGGCCAGGGGAAGACAUCUCUGGGUGGUGGAACAGUCUUACUUCCAUGGCUCCAGUGCUAAUCUUCUUCACCUCCAUCUCAGAUACACAGACAAAGUGUGGGAUAUCCAGCAGCACGUGAGCUUUGACAUAUCUGUGUCCGAGGAGGAGGAGGGGCAUAUCUUUCACAUCUGGGACUCCAUGCACAGCCCAACCUUGUUCAAGAUGGUGAGUGGCCAGUGAGUGGCCCAGGUGGGAAUCGCCACAGGAUUUGGCCAAUUGCUGAGCUCUGAGCCUGCCAGGCUGCAUCUACCUGCAUGUUGUUGUUGUUUAGUCGUUUAGUCAUGUCCGACUCUUUGUGACCCCGUGGACCAGAGCACGCCAGGCACUCCUGUCUUUCACUGCCACCCGCAGUUUGGUCAAACUCAUGCUGGUAGCUUCGAGAACACUAUCCAACCAUCUCGUCCUCUGUCAUCCCCUUCUCCUUGUGCCCUCCAUCUUUCCCAACAUCAGGGUCUUUUCCAGGGAGUCUUCUCUUCUCAUGAGGUGGCCAAAGUAUUAGUCUGAGCUUCAGGAUCUGUCCUUCCAGUGAGCACUCAGGGCUGAUUUCCUUCAGAAUGGAGAGGUUUGAUCUUCUUGCAGUCCAUGGGACUCUCAAGAGUCUCCUCCAGCACCAUAAUUCAAAAGCAUCAAUUCUUCGGUGAUCAGCUUUCUUUAUGGUCCAGCUCUCACUUCCAUACAUCACUACUGGGAAAACCAUAGCUUUAACAAUACGGACCUUUGUUGGCAAGGUGAUGUCUCUGCUUUUUAAGAUGCUGUCUACCUGCAUAACCCCCACUUAUGAUUGGUGGACUGAUUGCAUUGACAUCCCACUUUUUUCUCAAAGGGAGCUCAAGGUGACUUUCAUAGUUCUCCCCCCUUUCAUCCCCACAGCAACCCUGUGAACUAGGGGGAAGGGGCAAGGGGCUUGCCCAGGGAGCUCCAUGUGGGGGACUUGAGCCCAGGUUUUCCAAGUCCUAGCCUAGCGGAAACUAUGUACAAAGUCUCCUGAUCCCUGAGCCCAGGGGUAGUAUCAGCUCAGAAAGCAGCUCCUUUGGUGGCUUUAAGCAAGCAUAUAUGUGUCUCUGUGUGCAGGCCUCAGGCCUGGGGGUGGGGGGGUGGGCAAAUGUGGCUCUGCAGGCCUCCCCCGAUUGCUCAUCCCACAUCUGAGCUUUCCCGCUACCCACCCUCAUUCCAGGUACUUCCGGUGAUGCCUGGUUUUUGCAGGAAUUGUUCCACCAGGCUGUCCAGUCCAAAAGGAGAUCCUGCAGCUCGGUUGCCGUUGUGGCAUGGUUGCCUCAGUUGUUCUGUGAUGUUGUGCCCUUGGUCUGACCAGCUCAGAACUCCCAAGGCAGGUGGGACGUGGGUCUUCUGCCAGGAGAGGCCUGCUAAUUUCUUGAGUUGCCCUUUCCUCACCAGAGCCGUCUUCUGUUUGUUCCUUUAGAGGGUAACCGAAUCUGGGAAGUUAGAGGACACAGACGCCCUGGAGAAGAUACCAUGGGUACCCAAAAGGCCCUCUGUUUGGGUCACUGCUGCCCGGCAGGUCAAAGGUGAGGCCAAGACCAGGUUCCUGCUUAUCCCAGUCUCACUUUUAUAUUUUUUUGAGAGAGACUUUUGCUGAAGCAAAAUGUCACUCUUGUGCUCAGAACCUUCUUGUUGCUUAAUGUUGUGCAGACAUACUUGAAACUCUGGGGGCGUCCCCGGCUUGGCAACCCCAGAGGAGCCCGUGUUGACGGCCUGCCUCUGGAAUGAAAUCACAUUUAAUGGGCUUAAAACAUUUGAUAUCUAAGAUUCCAACGAGGUGCAAUGAUUUUGUAGGUUGUAACUGGGUGGAGAUUGGCACAGUGUAGGGGUAGCCGAAGGUCACGCUCCCCAAAACUCCAGACUGCAAUUCCCAUAGGCCUCAGCAAGCAUGGAAGUUGUAGUCAAAUGAGAUCUGGCAGGCACCCUAUUGGCUACUCCAGCAUAGAAUAUGAAAAGCCCUGUAAAAGACAGCAGAAAUCAGCUUGCAUUAGAAAGGUGGAUGCGUAAGUGGUAGAUUUUGGAUAUGGGCUUGUGGGCACCUGGUUGGCUACUCUGAGAACAGAAUGCUGGACUAUAGGCCUGAUCUAGCAGAGCUCCAGCUGAUUUGAAAGGAGUGGAGUUAGAAUUGGAGGGAGAGAUGCACUCUUAAUUCUGGCUUUUCCAUUGGCACAGGUAAACUCCUCUUAUGCGCAGACUCUGAAGGAUGCCUCUGGACUCAGACCCAGCAGACUGAGGAGAGAGUGGAUAAAUGGAAGCCUGAUGGCUGGCAGAGGAAAAAGGCAAGUCCUAGGGAUGGGGGGAGAAGAUAGGAUGAAUGGAGACCCACCUGCGCCUGAAUCAUCAGCCUGAGCAGCAAGCGGGAUGCCUCCCGGGUGCAAUUUUGAGUCACGUGCCCGGGAUUUUGAGCCCUUGCCUACCUCUGGGGCCUGAUCCAGUUUGGAGAUGCUUCCAUAGAGUUCACUUGCAGUGCAUCCACAUCUAGGGGAACUGCAGUUUUGUAAAGGAAGGUCGUUUUAGGUCUCUUAGCAGGAAAAUCUAAGCUUCCUCGACAAGCCUACAAUGCCCAAGGUUAUGCAGUGUAAACCAAAAGAGCAGAAGUUGCUUACAAAACGAUCUUAGGUUUGUGGCAUGGAUGCACUUUUGUUGUUCUGCGGGAGCAGGAAAAUACUGCCUUGUGGGGAACAGUGAAAAAGUCCACUGAAAUUUGGACCCCAAACCAGACUCUUACUUUACAUUCUAUUUCCUAAUGAGAUGAAAUUGCCGUGAGUGCAUUACAUACAUUCAUCAUGCUGCAUUUAGACUGGCUUGUUUUUAAAAUGUGAACCACUUUGAGCACAGAUACAUUUUAGUAAAUGCAGUGUAAUAGUAGACUGUGAGUAUGCAAAGUGACUUUAAAUAUGCUCUUGGGGCUUGAGAACUGGGACUUCCUUAAUUGGCCUGAAUCCUCAGGGUCACAGAGAGGGUGGGGUAAGGCAGUGUGAUCUCUCUCUCGCUCUCCCUGUGGCCCCAAGGAAGCACUUUCCAAGACCUAGCAGACUUUAAAAACUCUUCUGCGUCUGUUGUUACUAGAUUCACAGUGACAAAAUCACAGCCCUGCAUGUCCUCGGAGACAGGAUUGUAACAGCAUCACAUGACCGAGAUGUGAAGAUUUGGGAUGGCAACACUAUGAAACUGGUGAGUAACUUCACACUCCCCUUCCUCUCCCUGUGGGGCAUUUCUUACAUAAGGGUCCUGGGAGUUGUAGCUCUGUGAAUGGUUAACCUACAGUUCCCAGGAUUCUUUUGCGGUAGGGAAUCAUGUCUUUUAUGCCUUAGUGGUGGUGUUUUUCAACAUGACUGUAAAUCUGCUUCAGGAUGUAAAUAAAGCACUAUAUAUAUGAAUUCAACAAACCUAACCUCUUCCCCAUCUUUCAUUUCUGUAUGCAAAGCUUUUCUUCUAACCCUUCCUUGUUCUCUAUCCUGUUUCCUUUACACAGCUGGGCCAGUUCCGAUGCCACGGGCCAGUUUCACAGCUCCAGCCUUGGACCGAUGCAGACUCCACCCUUUUUCUCUACGCGGGUGACACUCUGGGCAACAUUUAUUCCUUGGAGUGGGGCUCCGUCUCUGCUUGAGGGACGUGGCUUUCGGGGGAGAGCUCCUGCCAGCAGCCUCUUAAGCCUGGCACUUAUCAUUUCCAGACAUGAAUGCAGCUGUUUUGCUGCUACCUCCUCAGCCUUGCCCCUACCCUCUCAGCAGCUGGAAUCUGCAGAUCCCGCAUGGCUUCUUCGUUGAUGUGGAGGCCGUGGUUCUGUCGCAGCCUAUGCUUGCUUAGCAACUGUAGGCCACAGAAUUCAGAUACCAUGUGAGGAACCACCUUAGAAACCUGGCUGGAGUCUGGGGUUGAGCCAAUCAAGCUUUGUAGCUCACCUCUACCUAACCACAGAGGUGAAAGACAAGUUUCAGAAGGGCUAAAUCUAUUGUGUGUACAGAUUUCCCCUGCGCCCCCUUUGCCUUCAAAAUACUGUGAUGACAAAUUUGCAACCACUGAUGCCUUCUGUAUAGUGUUUUUAUUUUGCUAAUGUGCCUUCCCUUAUUUUACAAGUCAAUUAAGAAAUAAAAUGGAGCAAUGUCAAC